AUGCACACCUCGCACUCAAGUGACUGUCACUUUUGUACCGAUGUUUCCUGCUUUCUGUAUAGUAUGGAUGCACUACUUUAUGGAUUUGGAAUAAAUGCAAUAUUUCUCCAAAAAUAUAAAACGCAUCUCACUGAUCUGUACUGUUUAUAGACUGUAGAAGUAUGGUGUCUGUAUCUAGACUGUAGCAGUAUGGUGUCUGUAUCUAGACUGUAGCAGUAUGGUGUCUGUAUCUAGACUGUAGCAGUAUGGUGUCUGUAUCUAGACUGUAGCAGUAUGGUGUCUGUUUCUAGACUGUAGCAGUAUGGUGUCUGUAUCUAGACUGUAGCAGUAUGGUGUCUGUUCUAACUGUAGCAUCAUGGUGUCCUGUAUCAGACUGUACGUUAAUGGUGUCUGUACAACUGUAGCACGUAUUGUCUGUCUGUAGGUCUAGUCAAGCCUGUAGCAUAUGUUCUGUAUCUAGACUGUCAGCAUAUGUGUCUGUAUCUACACUGUAGCAUUAUGGUGUCUGUAUCUAGACUGUAGCAGUAUGGUGUCUGUAUCUAGACUGUAGCAGUAUGGUGUGUGUUUAUAGAGUGUAGCAAGACUGUAGCAGUAUGGUGUCUGUAUCUAGACUGUAGCAGUAUGGUGUCUGUAUCUACACUGUAGCAUUAUGGUGUCUGUAUCUAGACUGGAGCAGUAUGGUGUCUGUAUCUAGACUGUAGCAGUAUGGUGUCUGUAUGUUAGCACUGUAGCAGUAUGGGUCUGUCUGACUGUGCAUAUGGUGUCUGUUUACUAGACUGUAGCAGUAUGGUGUCUGUAUCUAGCACUGUAGCAUAUGGUGUCUGAUCUACACUGUAGCAUGUAUGGUGUCUGUAUCUAACUGAGCAGUAUGGUGUCUGUAUCUAGAGUGUAGCAGCUGUAGCAGUUGUGUCCUGUAUAGCCGUAGCAGUAGGCUUAUCUACACUGUAGCCUUUGGUGUCGUACAGAGUAGCAGUAUGGUGUCUGUAUCUAACUGUAGCAGUAGGUGUUUUAGAGAUCGUACACUCUAGCCAUAUGGUGUCCUUGGUAUCUAGACUGUAGCAGUAUGGUGUCUAUCCACUGUGCAUGGUCUGAUCAGACUGCAGUGUUCUGUAUCUAGACUGUAGCAGUAUGGUGUGUGUUUAUAGAGUGUAGCAAGACUGUAGCAGUAUGGUGUCUGUUUAUAGAGUGUAGCAAGACUGUAGCAGUAUGGUGUCUGUAUCUAGACUCUAGCAGUAUGGUGUCUGUACCAAGACUGUAGCAGUAUGGUGUCUGUAUAUAGACUGUAGUAGUAUGGUGUCUGUAUCAAAACUGUAGCAGUAUGGUGUCUGUAUCUAGACUGUAGCAGUAUGGUGUCUAUCUAGACUGUGGCAGAAUGGUGUCUGUACCUGUCUGGUCACGGUCUACAGUAAGAGCUCAUCGUUACCACUCCGUCCUCCCCAUGUCCCUGUCUGGUCACGGUCUACAGUCAGAGCUCAUCUUUACCACUCCGUCCUCCCCAUGUCCCUGUCUGGUCACGGUCUACAGUCAGAGCUCAUCGUUACCACUCCGUCCUCCCCAUGUCCCUGUCUGGUCACGGUCUACAGUCAGAGCUCAUCAUUACCACUCCGUCCUCCCCAUGUCCCUGUCUGGUCACGGUCUACAGUCAGAGCUCAUCAUUACCACUCCGUCCUCCCCAUGUCCCUGUCUGGUCACGGUCUACAGUCAGAGCUCAUCGUUACCACUCCGUCCUCCCCAUGUCCCUGUCUGGUCACGGUCUACAGUCAGAGCUCAUCGUUACCACUCCGUCCUCCCCAUGUCCCUGUCGUCACGGUCUACAGUCAGAGCUCAUCGUUGCCACUCCGUCCUCCCCAUGUCCCUGUCUGGUCACGGUCUACAGUCAGAGCUCAUCGUUACCACUCCGUCCUCCCCAUGUCCCUGUCUGGUCACGGUCUACAUUCAGAGCUCAUCGUUGCCACUCCGUCCUUCCCAUGUCCCUGUCUGGUCACGGUCUACAGUCAGAGCUCAUCUUUACCACUCCGUCCUCCCCAUGUCCCUGUCUGGUCACGGUCUAUAGUCAGAGCUCAUCGUUACCACUCCGUCCUCCCCAUGUCCCUGUCUGGUCACGGUCUACAGUCAGAGCUCAUCUUUACCACUCCGUCCUCCCCAUGUCCCUGUCUGGUCACGGUCUACAGUCAGAGCUCAUCGUUACCACUCCGUCCUCCCCAUGUCCUGUCUGGUCACGGUCUACAGUCAGAGCUCAUCGUUACCCACUCCGUCCUCCCCAUGUCCCUGUCUGGUCACGGUCUACAGUCCAGAGCUCAUCGUUACCACUCCGUCCUCCCCAUGUCCCUGUCUGGUCACGGUCUAUAGUCAGAGCUCAUCGUUACCACUCCGUCCUCCCCAUGUCCCUGUCUGGUCACGGUCUACAGUCAGAGCUCAUCGUUACCACCUCCGUUCCUCCCAUGUCCCUGUCUGGUCACGGUCUAUAGUCAGAGCUCAUCGUUACCACUCCGUCCUCCCCAUGUCCCUGUCUGGUCACGGUCUACAGUCAGAGCUCAUCGUUACCAUCCGUCCCUCCCCAUGUCCAAUGUCUGGUCACGGUCUAGGUCAGCAGCUCAUCGUUAACCACUCCGUCCUCCCCAAUUCCUGCUGGUCACGGUCUACAGUCAGAGCUCAUCGUUACACUCCGUCCUCCCCCAUGUCCCUUGUCUGGUCACGGUCUACAGUCAGAGCUCAUCGUUACCACUCGUCCUCCCCAUGUCCCUGUUGGUCACGGUCUACAGUCAGAGCUCAUCGUUACCACUCCGUCCUCCCCAUGUCCUCCCCAUGUCCCUGUCCUGGUCACGGUCUACAGUCAGAGCUCAUCGUUACCACUCCGUCCUCCCCAUGUCCCUGUCUGGUCACGGUCUAUUGGGUACACGCACGUACGUACAAACACAAACACGUGAGACCCAGAAGAUCAGAGUCAGUUUGACUCACUUGGUAAUGUAAUCUUCUGGGCCAGCUCAUUGUGCCAUGAAGGUUUUAGCCCAGAGGACAGAGACACUGAGGAGGACAGGGAAGUGUGUGAAAUGACCAAGUCUCUUUCUCUCUCUCUUUCACUUUCUCUCUCUCACUUCCAUUACAGCUCUGUGUGUGUGUGUGUGUGUGUGUGUGUGUGUGUGUGUGUGUGUGUGCGUGUAGCCUAGUGCUACAUGGACACAGUUAAUAAGGGCCUAAUAAAAGGCAAGUGGAGACGAUAGGCUUGACUGGGUGGACAGAACUGCUAUGGUCACGGUCCACUUUGCGCACUUACACACACACCACACACACACACACACCACACACACACACAUAGAGCUGUUAUGGAAGUAGUAUUUGGUUUAAGGGCUUGUGAAGAGAGGGAGGGAGAGAGAGAGAGAGAGAGUAUCUGAAUUUGGCCCACAGAAGUAUGCCUACGGAACUUUGAAUGUCUUUGAACUUCAGAGAGUUGGCUUAACGUUGGACCAGAGACAGCUAGAUAACAAGCUUGUGUGUGCAGAGAGGCACCAGAAUUACAUUUAAAACACGUCUUACCUUUUUGUAGUUAAUAAAUCCAAUUUGAAAUGUGGUAACUACAGUAUCCUUAACAUUGAAAAAGUUAAUCCAUUCUUCUCUAAUUAAAAAUCUCUCUCCUCAAUUUCUGAAUCACGCUUGUAACAUCAGUAGGCUACAGUAGACUAUGCUUCAGAGGGGGGAGGGGCUAAAGUAGACUAUGAAGGAAAGAGAGGAGGUAGCAUCAUCUUCACGCAACCUCCUCCUCUUACUUUCACUUGUGGACUUCAGUUCACAACACAUCAGCUGUCUGUGACCAGGCGAAAAAAUACCUUUCCAAGUAAAUCCAAUCAAAUCAAAUGGUAUUGGUCACAUACACAUAUUUAGCAGACGUUAUUGCGCGUAUAGCAAAACAGUUUUCUUUCAUAGCAGCCACACACAAACAGCUCACAUCUACUUACAUUCUCUCCUCCUCUCACCUUUACCCUUCUCUCACCUUUCCCCUUCUUCUUGUGGACUUCAGUGCACAACACAUCAGCUGUCUGUGACCAGACGAAAAAACGUUUCCAAGCCAAACCUUCAUAUCAUGACGACCUCUAUCCGCUGCACACAGCCUACAUCGUUGACACGUCAUAGUCAACAUAGCUACUAGAACUAACGCGUUAGUAAAAACGCUACAAUCAUGCAGUACGGUGUACAGUCAGAAAGCAGUUUAGCAGUUACUCCUGCGGGCCCCGGUGGCAAUAAAUUAAUGAAACCAUGACUUGGAAGAGAUCCAGUGUUGGAUAGCCAUAGCCAGCUAGCUAACAUAGCAUCCCCCUUUGUUUGAGCCAGUUGUUUGAGUAGGCUAAACUAGCUAGCUAGCUAACAUAGCAUCCCCCUUUGUUUGAGCCAGUUGUUUGAGUAGGCUAAACUAGCUAGCUAAGUAUACAUAUACUACGAAAUAUAGCUCUCUCUCUCUCUCUCUCUCUCUCUCUCUCUCUCUCUCUCUCUCUCUCUCUUGCUUCUCCUUAAUUUUGGCAAAAAUUAAUUUGAUCAAAACUGUUCAACUAUUGUCUUUCUCUCUCUUUGAGUCAACUACUCACCACAUUUUAUACACUGCAGUGCUAGCUAGCUGUAGCUUAUGCUUUCAGUACUAGAUUCAUUCUCUGAUCCUUUGAUUGGGUGGACAACAUGUUAGUUCAUGCUGCAAGAGCUCUGAUAGGUUGGAGGACGUCCUCCAGAAGUUUUCAUAAUUACUGUGUAAAUCUAUGGAAGGGGGUGAGCCUCCUUGGUUUUGUAUUGAAGUUAAUGUACCCAGAGGAGGACGGAAGCUAGCUGUCCUCCGGCUACACCAUGGUGCUACCCUACAGAGUGCUGCUGAGGCUGCUGCAGACCUUCAUUGCAAAACAGUGUGCUUUAAUCAAUUAUUUGGUGACGAGAAUAUAUUUAGUAUAGUCUUAUCUAAAUGUUGCACAAUUUUUUUUGUUUAUUGAAAUUCACCGAGGAGGGUGGUCCUCCCCUUUCUCCUCUGAGGAGCCCCCGCUGAUUUCUAGUGAUAUAUAAUAACUUUGCGGUGGAACGUUUGUUGGCUCCUGAAGGGAAGAGAAUGUUGAGGCAGAAUUCUAUCUGUUAAAUAGAUGGGAGGAGUUUAAAUGCAAUGAAUAAAGUGUCUGAGAAGGGAAGGAGAAGGACACUGUUGGUUGUGUGGAAGACACGCACACACACACCAACACACACACACACAACACACACACACACAACACACACACACACACACACACACAACACACACACACACACACACAACACAAACACAUGCACCCUGUGGAGAGAGAAAAACACACUUCCCACAGAUUAGAGAGGAGAGAGGGAUAAAAUAAGGUAAAUAUUAGAACUAAUCUCUCCUUCUCUUCUUCAGAGGAAUGUCAAAUCACUCCCCAGGUCUCUCUUCUCUGGUCUCUUCUUCCCUACGUUGGAACAUUUCUCUUGGGCGGUGUGUGUGUGUGUGUGUAUGUGUGUGUGUUGUGUGUUGGUGUGUGUGUGUGUGUGUGUUUAUACUUCCAUGUGACGUCUGAUUGCUGAUGUGGAUUCUUCUAAAUAACUUCCCCUAAUAUUUACCAAGUGCAGUGUUUGACUUGAGGCCUGUAGUUGUUCUUUGUCUCUGCUCUGUAGCGGUGACCUUGACUUCCUGAACAGGAUACAGAAGUGAAGCUAUAGUCAAAUGGACCCAUACAUUAUUCAACACUGAGUCUUUUACUGUGUUCCCAGUCCACUUGUCUGGCCGUGCCACACACACACACACACACACACAUGAGGAAAGCAUCAGAAACAGACUUCCUGUGUGGUAUCCUGACAUCUCAAAUCCCCAUAACACCUUCCCUCUUCUCUCCAAGACUUUCUGGGGAUUUCAGACUUUUCCGGAGAGGGAGAGGGAGAGGGAGAGGGAGAGGGAGAGAGAGAGAGAGAGAGAGAGAGAGAGGGAGAGAGGGAGAGAGGGGAAGCAGAGUAGAGAGACGAGAGAGAGAGAGAGAGAGAGAAGAGAUGAGAGAGAGAGAGACGCCGCGAGGAGAGAGAGAAGAUCGAGAGAGAGAGAGAGAGAUAGAGAUAUAGAGAUAGAUAGAGAUAGAUCCGUGUGUUUGUCUGUGAGGUUAGAGAGUGCGUUCCCCUUUAGCACCCCAGUACAAAACCUACGUUCGUCUUUGGUCCACCUGGGAGUAUGUUCUAAGAAUGGACUUGUAUGUCUAUGAACACACACUAAGGGGUAUGUGUAUGCCCACAUGUGUGUGUGUGUGAUAGAGAAUUAAAAAUGCUAACACUACAGCCCAGUGAAGCGUUACUAACCAGGAGGAGCCUCUCUAUAAUAGAUAGUGGUUUUUAAGACACUACGGUACCACUACAACUACUUGGCCUAGUUGACUUUCUUCCAACACAGUGCAGUAAAUAGGUCAUAAGAAGACAACAAAUGGCAUGUUCAGUAUGUUUCCAUGUGGUAAGGUUUGACCUUGUAAAGUGUGAAGAGAGAAGAACUUGGUUUUCUUUCAGAUACUAAGUGUUGAUUUAAGGCUAAAUUCUAUCAAAUCUGCUACAUCACAUUUACACAUUUAGCUAUUUAUCUUUUGGUCAAAUAAUAUUACAGACUUUCUGUCUUGGGUACCGUAUAAAAACUACUACUCAAAUUUGAUCACUCUAACUGAAAUGGAUGUCAGUGUGCUGCUAGUAUUUCCGCUUCCUCCGCUGUCCCUGUACCCAUACCGGACUCGAACCUGUCAUCCUCUGCUCAAACUCCUUGACUACACAGAGUACCAACUGUUUGAGCUACCGAAAAACAUCUAAUUCCAUAGCUCCAUCCGCGAAAUUUCAAGCUAGUUGUGGAGUGAGCUUACUGUACAUUCUUAACUCUGUUACAUAACAUCUAAAAAGAACGACUCAGACAUAUGAUAAAAGUAACCCACAAUGACUCACAAUAAGCCAUCACACUGUAUUUCCACCCAUUAUAAAAGGUUAACAUGAGAGUUUGCCAUCCAUAAUUCGUAACACAUUGAUUUUGUCGUAACAGUUUUAAUAUUUACCCUUCCAGAUCAAAAGGAUAGAGCACUGUGGACAUCCAUCUGAGCUCUACCCCAUUAAUUAUAUCGCCCAGCGAUUAAAUAUUAAUUGCUCUAAUAUUUAAUGAUGACUAACUUCCUGGAACCUCUCGGGAACACUUGUCCCAUUAAUCCCCCCCCUCGUUUGAACUUUCGUUAGAACCCUCAUUAAGAGCGAGCGCCAGAGAGAGAAGGAGUGGGCGGUGAUGAUCAGUAACCAUUGUUGGCACAGCAGGGUUUUGCUUUACUCCUCCCCAUCUGUACACUAUCAGUUUCCCACUCGCUUAUGGCCGUUUGUGUUUGUAACAUUUACGCCGGGAGUCAGAACGCAGGUACAGAAGGUGAGUUCUAAUACUGAACAGAUACAAAGGAACAAACAUGGGCCGCGUACUGUAACGUGAGAGAAGAACCAAUAACACCUAAGGACUGAUGACAACAGAGGGCUAAAUAAAGGGGAAGCAAUCAGGGAAGUGGUGAAGUCCAGGUGUGCCUAAUGAUGACACGCAGGUGUGCGUAAUGAAGGUUGCCAGGACCGGUGGUUAGUAAACCGGCGACGUCGAGCGCCGGAGAGGGGGAGAAGGAAUAGACGUGACAGUGGUAUUGUGAAUGAAACUGCUUCACUGUACUGGCUCAAAGCAUUAGAGGUGACUGGGGACUGUUUUGACACAAAAUGGCUGCAGUGCUUACAUCACAAACCCAAUUGUGUUAGAGCAAAAGCCUGCUCACCCAAUAGCACUCUAGGAGGAGGGUUGGCAGAACCUUGUGUAGCUGAAUCAUGUGUGUUAGAGCAGGGCUGGAGCAAAAGCCUGCUCAACGAGUAGCUCCAGCCCUGCAGUGUAGCAUGUGUGGAGGAGUGAUAGUUGUAUACCUUCAGUAUGUUAAGAGCUACUAUCAACAGUAUUCUACAGCUUCACGGCUCUACCAGCCUGAGAAUAGUAGAGCUGCAUCAAACACUACCACCUCCACUCUCAGACCCCUACACACCCCUUCCUGGUUGGAAAUAGAGACGUGUAUGUGUGUGUGUGUGUGUGUGUGUGUGUGUGUGUGUGUGUGUGUGUCCAUCUCGCUCUCUGUGUGGGUGUGUUAAACGGAGUGUACAGCGUGUGUGUGUGUUCUUCUGUACGUGAGUGUGUGUGUGCGUGUGAGUAUGUGAGAGGUGCAGGGAACUUGUCUUUGUGAUUCAGGCCCUAUCUAAAUCCAGAUCGUUUCUUUGUGACAGCUUCAAUGAGAGAAGAAGAGUGGAAGAGAAGGCUCAAAGAGACCAACUUACAUAACAGCAGGAACAGUCACAGACUCCAGACCUCGCAUAGUGCCCACCUUGCAGCAAACAUCACCGCUGUAACCCUACCGUUGUAUUGUACUGUUGUAGAAGGAUUAAAGCCCAAAUGUAUAAUAAAGAUCUAUUAUGUUCAUUGAAGCCUUGCUGAUAUCAGUAGUUUAGUUGUCAAUUCAAACAGUCCCCAUAUAAAAGCUGCAUGCCAUGAAAACCUAAUGACAACCACGUUGACAGUAUGAGAGAGUCUAUUUUUCAUCUGUUGGUAAUUGUCAUGAGUUACACGUGAUGUACACAUGUGGAAUGAUGCUUAUGGAUUGACAGCUACGUUACCUAGGUGAUCGCUAUCACACACACAGUAUGGUUUCAAACGACACUGUGUGGUCACGACAAACUGACAGACGUGUUUGACACUGACAAUAUGAGGAUGUUUCUGUGUUAAUCUCAUUGUGUUAUGGGGGACAGCCAAAAACGAGAAGAAGGGAGAAAGGAAAGAGAAAAAUGAGAAAAGAAGAAAGAGAGAGGAAGAAGGGGUAGAGACAGGUGUAAGACAAGACGAUCAGAUAAAUCUAUCUUCUCAGUCAUCGAAUCCUACUCAUGCUAUCUAGCUGCAUCGUAGCUCUAGCUCUACUGCUCUGGUCUCUCUCGCUCUCUCUCUCUAUCUCUACGAUCUUCGAUCAUCUCUGACUCUCACUCUAUCUCUCUCUCUCUCUCUCUCUCUCUCUCUCUCUCCCCCUGUCUGUCCCUCUUGCCCCUCAGCAUGUGCUGGUCAGCAGGCCUGCCAGUAUUCCUUCCCUUCCGAAUCAUUAGGAAUCAACCGGUUCCAGUCGGAACGUCCAUCGGAAAGCCAGGAUCGUCGGAGCGCACGCAGCUGCUCCCGGGAUCCAACGGCAACUGGGGCGGAAAAUCAUGAUCAUCACAGUCAUAAUCACGGAUCACUGUCUCUUUCUUUCUUUCUCUGUUCUGCGCUCUCAGUGACUGAAUGAGAUCGAAAUAUGCUAUCUGCUCUGCUAGAGCUGCAUCGAUGCACUCGUCUAUCGCUCUCUCUCAUAUCGAGCUUAGCGUCUCUCCUCUCUAUCUCUUUCUUCUCUCUCUCUCUUCUCUCUCUCUCUUCUCUCUCUCUCUCUCUCUCUCUCUCUCUCUCUCUCUCUCAUCUCUCUCGCUCUCCAACUCCCCACUGCCAUUGGCAGAGACAGUGUAGAAGUCUGAGAUAGUGUGUUGUGUGUGUCUGUGUUGACGACUAUACUAGUGAACACGUGUUUGUCUCUGUAAAUGUGUGUGUGCAUUCAUGUGGGUCUGUAUGCUAGUUCGCUCUCAUGCAGAUGUGUGCUUGUGUACAGUAGAGCCUUUCAGUUGAUGCCUCCCCCAGUCCUCCCAAUGCAGUCACAGCUGCAGGGCCCUACAGAGAGCCAGACAGGACAAACAGAACCCAGGGCCACGUCUAAAUCACACCCUGUUCCCUAUAUACACUGUACCCCCUAUUCCCUGUGGGCCCUGGUCUAAAGUAGUGUACUAAAUAGGGAAUGGGAUAGAGUGCCAUUUGAGACGCAGCCCAGGUGAAUCCCACAGCCCUCCAAGACCCUAACGUUCUUAUUCCUAAUUACACUUUUAAAUCAUGUCAUUAGUUAAUUCAGUCUGAAACAGUCCACAGGUUUUAAUAAAAAAAUUAACCCACACAAUCUUAUAUGGAUUAGAAAAGUUGUUGUUGUUGAAUUAUAUAUUCUGUUGUUGUCUACUACCACUGAAGUAGAGAGUGCUACCUAACCACAGAUCUAGGAUCAGAACACCCUACUCUUAAUCCCAGUCCAAUUAGGGAUGCAAUCUGACUCUGGACCAGUGAAUAGGAGGAAUUUGUCCAAACUGGCCUAGAGACUCAUCUGUUGCCAGACUCCCAUCUGUUGUCCAGUUAGCUAGUGUGUGUGUGUGUGUGUGUGUGUGUGUGUUUGUGUGUGUUCGUGUUAGAGAUGCCGGUCAUUCAGUCACACUGACUCUCUAGCACCUGCUACUGUUCUGUCCUCCACAGGGAGGUGUGUUUGUGUGCCUUUGUGUGCGUGUGUGUCAACAUGCAUGUGUCUCCUGAGUGGCGCAGUGGUCUAAGGCACUGCAUCACAGUGCUAACUGUGCCACUAGAGAUCCUGGUUCGAAUCCAGGCUCUGUCGCAGCCGGCCGCGACCGGGAGACUCAUGGGCGGCGCACAAUUGGCCCAGCGUCGUCCAGGGUAGGGGAGGGAAUGGCCGGCAGGGAUGUAGCUCAGUUGAUAGAGCAUGGCGUUUGCAACGCCAGGGUUGUGGGUUCGAUUCCCACGGGGGGCCAGUAUAAAAUAAUAUAUAUAUGUAUUCACUAACUGUAAGUCGCUCUGGAUAAGAGCGUCUGCUAAAAUGUAAAUGUAUGUGUGUGUGUGCAGUUCACAUGCAGACAUUUGUGUUUGUGUCAAAUCAAAUCAAGAUGUUAUUAGUCACAUGCUUGGUAAACAACAGGUGUAGACUAACAGUGAAAUGCUUACUGAUGGGCUGUUCCCAACAAUGCAGAGAGAUUUUUUUUGUUGUUGAAAUAAUAGAAAAGUAAAACAUGUAAUAAUCAAAGUAAUAAUAGAUACAUAAUGAGUAAUGAUAACUUGGCUAUAUACACGGGGUACCAGUACCGAGUUGAUGUGCAGGGAUACGAGGUAAUUGAGGUAGAUAUGUACAUAUAAUGAGGAAUAAAGUGACAGAUGGUCAACAGUAGCUGCAGCGUAUGUGAUGAGUCAAAAAAGUGAACGCAAAAAGAGUCAAUGAAGACUAUUUAGCAGUCUUAUAGUUUGGGGAUAGAAGCUGUUCAGCGUCCUGUUGGUUCCAGAAUUGGUGCAUCGGUACUGCUUUCCGUGCUGUAGCAGAGAAAACAGUCUAUGACUUGGGUGGCUGGAGUCAAUGAACAUUUUUAGGGCCUUCCUCUGACAGCGCCUGGUAUAGAGAUCCUAGAUGGCAGGGAGCUCAGCUCCAGUGAUGUACUAGGCCGUACGCACUACCCUCUGUAGCGCCUUGCGGUCGGAUGCCAAGCAGUUGCCAUACCAAGCGAUGAUGCAGCCAGUCAAGAUGCUCUCAAUGGUGCAGCUGUAUAGCUUUUUGAGGAUCUGAGGGCCCUUGUGAAAUAUUUUCAGCCUUCUGAGGGGUAAGAGGUGUUGUCAUGCCCUCUUCACGACUGUGUUGGUGUGUGUAGACCGUGAUAAAUCCUUAUUGAUGUGGACACCGAGGAACUUGAAGCUCUCGACCCGCUCCACCACAGCACCAUCAAUGUGAACGGGAGUGUGCUCGGCCCUCCAUUUCCAGCAGUCCACGAUCAGCUCCUUUGUCUUGGGGACGUUGAGGAAGAGGUUGUUGUCCUGGUGCCAUGCUACCAGGUCUCUGACCUCCUCCCUGUAGGCUGUCUCAUCGUUGUUGGUGAUCAGGCCUACCACCGUUGUGUCAUCGGCAAACUUAAUGAUGGUGUUGGAUUCGUGCGCGGCUACUCAGGGUGUACAGGAGGGGACUAAGCACGCAUCCCUGAGGGGCCUCCAUGUUGAGGGUCAACGUGGGGCGUGUUGUUGCCUACCCUCACCACCUGGGGGCGCCCAGCCAGGAAGUCCAGGAUUCAGUUGUAGAGGGAGGUGUUAAGUCCCAGGGUCCUUAGCUUUGUGAUGAGCUUGGAAGGCAGGCACUUUGGUGUUGAACACUGAGCUGUAGUCAAUGAACAGCAUUCUCACAUAGGUGUUCCUCUUGGCCAGGUGGGAAAGUGCAGUGUGGAGUACAAUAGAGAUUGCGUCAUCUGUGGAUCUGUUGGGGCGGUAUGCGAUUUGGAGUGGGUCCAGGGUGUCUGGGAUGAUGGUAUUGAUGUGAGCCAUGACCAGCCUUUCAAAGCAUUUAGUUGCUACAGAUUUGAGUGCUACGGGGCAAUAGUCAUUUAGAUAGGUUACCUUGAUGUUCUUGGGCAAAGGGACUAUGGUAGUCUUCUUGAAACAUGUAGGUAUAUGAGUACAUUUUCCAGCUGGUCAGCGCAUGCUCUGAGUACGCGUCAUGGUAAUCCCUCUGGCCCUACGGCCUUGUGAAUGUUAACUCUUACUCACAUUGGCUACGGAGAGCGUGAUCAUUCAGUCAUCCUGAACAGCUGGUGCUCUCACGCAUGGUUCAGUGUUGCUUGCCUCGAAGCGAGCAUAGAAGGCAUUUACCUCAUCUGGUAGGCUCGCAUCACUGGGCAGCAUGGGGCUGGGUUUCCCUUGUAAUCCGUGAUAGUUUGCAAGCCCUGCCACAUCCAAUGAGUGUCAGAGCCGGUGUAGUAGGAUACAAUCUUAGUCAGUUAUUGACGCUUUACCUGUUUGAUGAUGUGUGUGUCUUUUUCUCUGAACGGGCACAGGAUGUACCUCUCAUCAGCUCUACCCACUGACCGACCAUGCAGUAUCUAUCUUAAACAAUUACAUAACAACGUUGUCUAAUAAGUCCCUUUAAAGCUGCCCUGUCAGUUGUUUUGUUACAUUAAAUUCUUCAAGAAUCAAUGGCUAUGUAUCAUUAAUUGAAAAGUUCCAAUGUGUUGUAAAAAUCGCAGACCAUCGCUUUAAAGGGGUAUUCACUGAAGAUGUGAUUUACACUGUUUCAUACUGAUAAUGAAUGCAGUGCACCUUACACAGCACACACACACACAGUGUACUGACACAGUGUGUAAAUCUGGAGCGUUGACAGUAUUGCAGUUGCUUGGACACUUGCUAAUUAUCAAAUGGCCUGAGAGUGAUGAAGUGUUUUAGUGUAGCCUCUAAAUCCUCCAGCAUUAACCCAUGAAACACACACACACAGCACUCACACAUUCACACACACACACCGCACUCACACACUCACACACACACAAGCACACACUCACACACACACAGCACUCACACACGCACACACACACUCACACACACACACAAGAACACACUCACACACACACAGCACUAACACACUCACACACUCACACAACACACUCACACACUCACACACUCACACACACACAAAACACUCACAAACUCACACACACACACAAGCACACACACACACACACUGUGUGUUUGAGUGUGUGUGUCACCAGUGUGUGUGUGUCUGCGUGUCACCCAGCAGUAAAUACAACCCCCUGGUGACAGGGCAGAUGCUUGCAUCGAAACGCGCACACACACACACACACACACAAUGUUUGUUACUUCGCGUUGUGCGAUUGCUUUCAUUUCAAUUCAGUUGGUUUAGUUUUCCUCUCACUGUUUGAUCCAGAAGGUCACCCUAUGCCAGUCUAUUAUCAGGUCAUUGGUUAGAAUAUACCAGUCUAUUAUCAGGUCAUUGGUUAGAAUAUAUAGACUCUAUUAUCAGGUCAUUGGUUAGAAUAUAUAGACUCUAUUAUCAAGUCAUUGGUUAGAAUAUACCAGUCUAUUAUCAGGUCAUUGGUUAGCACAUACCAGUCUAUUAUCAGGUCAUUGGUUAGAAUAUACCAGUCUAUUAUCAGGUCAUUGGUUAGAAUAUAUAGACUCUAUUAUCAAGUCAUUGGUUAGAAUAUACCAGUCUAUUAUCAGGUCAUUGGUUAGAAUAUACCAGUCUAUUAUCAGGUCAUUGGUUAGAAUAUAUAGACUCUAUUAUCAGGUCAUUGGUUAGAAUAUACCAGUCUAUUAUCAGGUCAUUGGUUAGAAUAUAUAGACUCUAUUAUCAGGUCAUUGGUUAGAAUAUACCAGUCUAUUAUCAGGUCAUUGGUUAGAAUAUACCAGUCUAUUAUCAGGUCAUUGGUUAGAAUAUAUAGACUCUAUUAUCAGGUCAUUGGUUAGAAUAUAUAGACUCUAUUAUCAGGUCAUUGGUUAGAAUAUGCCAGUCUAUUAUCAGGUCAUUGGUUAGAAUAUACCAGUCUAUUAUCAGGUCAUUGGUUAGAAUAUACCAGUCUAUUAUCAGGUCAUUGGUUAGAAUAUACCAGUCUAUUAUCAGGUCAUUGGUUAGAAUAUAACAGUCUAUUAUCAGGUCAUUGGUUAGAAUAUAUAGACUCUUUUAUCAGGUCAUUGGUUAGAAUAUAUAGACUCUAUUAUCAGGUCAUUGGUUAGAAUAUAUAGACUAUAUUAUCAGGUCAUUGGUUAGAAUAUAUAGACUCUAUUAUCAGGUCAUUGGGUAGAAUAUACCAGUCUAGUAUCUGGUCAUUCGAACAAACUAAAUAAAAUAUCAAUAAAUCAAUAAAACAACAAAUCAACAACAGACAUUUCUGAUAACAGCACUCAGAUGUGGCCUCCUGAAACACCAGGGCUGCAUUCCAAAUGCCACCCUAUUCCCUAUAUAGUGCACUACUUUUGACAAAAGCACUACUGUAUUGCACUAAAUAGGAAAUUGGUUGCCAUUUAGGAUGAACCCCCGGUUGGAAGUGAGGGUCAGAGAACAACAUUAUCAUUGUCUAUUUCCAGAUGGAAGUUGAACAUGGCUGUUGAGAUAAAAAUCACAGGAAAUGAUAGCUUGUCAUUCUGUACAUCAGUCUGGACAUCACGCAGAUGUGAAAGCUCUAUGGGGAUUGUGUGUGUGUGUGUGUGUGUGUGUGUGUGUCUGUGUGUGUGUCUGUGUGUGUGUGAGUGAGUGAGUGUGUGAGUGAGUGUGUGAGUGAGUGAGUGAGUGAGUGAGUGAGUGAGUGAGUGAGUGAGUGAGUGAGUGAGUGAAUGAGUGAGUGAGUGAGUGUGUGUGUGUGUGUGUGUGUGUGUGUGUGUGUGUGUGUGUGUGUGUGUGUGUGUGUGUGUGUGUGUGUGUGUGUGUCACAAGUCAGUCAUUUUCCCAACAACAGGAAGAGUAAUAAAACCUGUACAGCAGGAUGAAUAACUUCAUAAUAAUAACAUGAUAGUAAUAACAUGAUGAUAAUAACAUGAUAGUAAUAACAUGAUAGUAAUAACAUGAUAUUAAUAACAUGAUAGUAAUAACAUGAUAGUAAUAACAUGAUAUUAAUAACAUGAUAGUAAUAACAUGAUAAUAAUAACAUGAUAAUAAUAACAUGAUAAUAAUAACAUGAUAGUAAUAACAUUAUAAUAAUAACAUGAUAAUAAUAACAUGAUAAUAAUAACAUGAUAGUAAUAACAUUAUAAUAAUAACAUGAUAGUAAUAACAUUAUAAUAAUAACAUGGUAAUAAUAUCAUGAUAGUAAUAACAUGAUAAUAAUAACAUGAUAAUAAUAAGAUGAUAGUAAUAACAUUAUAAUAAUAACAUGGUAAUAAUAACAGGAUAGUAAUAACAUUAUAAUAAUAACAUGGUAAUAAUAACAUGAUAGUAAUAACAUGAUAAUAAUAACAUGAUAAUAAUAACAUGAUAGUAAUAACAUUAUAAUAAUAACAUGGUAAUAAUAGCAUGGUAAUAAUAACAUUAUAAUAAUAUCAUUAUAAUAUUGCCAUGGUCAAAAGUAGGGCAUUCCAUAGGGCAGAGAUCAUCGACUAGUUUCACCCGCAGGCCAAUUAUUCUCUUGAGCGGAUGGUCAGGGGGACAGAACAUAAUUACAAAUAAUUUGCAGACUGCAAAUUGACUAAAACAUAAUAAUUUCAAACCUUGCUUACAUUUGUAUUCUAUCGCAUACACAUCUCUAUUAUCCGUGGGAAUAUUUUGAAACAGAUUUCCAAAAUGUAUAUCACUUGGAGCUGAUUUGCUGCUGUUUUUAAAGUAUUUUAUGUCCAACAAUAAAACAUAUUUUUUAUAUUUUUUGCUCAGAAAACUUGGCGGGCCAAAUAAAAUCACCCGCGGGCCAAAUUCUGCUGGGGUGCCACCAGUUGGGGAACCCUGCAAUAGGGAAUAAGGUGCCCAUUGAGAGAGAGAGAGAGAGAGAGUGUGUGUGUGUGUGUGUGUGAGAGAGAGAGAGAGAGUUCUGACUCAGCUAAAGCUACCCUCUGCCAGGCUCUUAACAGCAGUGAGAGAGCAACAGUUUAUAUGAUUACAGCUAUCUAUAAAUCUAGCCCAUCCCAUUCCAGCCCAUCCCAGACAGUAUUUAAUACUGAAAGACAAACCAGGGCUGGGCUCGUCAAUGCCAUUUACAUUUACAUUCCAGAGAUUAAUUCAAAAAUAAUUUAUUGAAUUGACAACAGCCCAUCAUUUUGUACGAUUGUUUUUUUUUUAAACACAUGAACUGAGUUGUUUGUGUGUGUUGGGCUGGGGCUGGGUUCCCUCAGGGCAGGGUCUGUCAGCUUCAACAUGACUGAUGAGAACUGUGGUCCAAUAGAAACGUCCGUGCCGAGACGAUCCAAAGCGUUAAAUUGUCCUCACGAAAGUGUUUGUAUUUAAUUAGUGUGUGUAUGUGUGUAUAUGUGUGUGUGUGUGUGUAGAGUGGUACCCCUUGCUGUUACCCCCAGCUGUUGUUAGCCCACUCUUAAUUAGCAGAUAGAGAGAGAGAAAGAGAGAGAGAGAGAGAGAGAGGAAACCGAGAGAGAGAGAGAGAGAGAGAGAGAGAGAGAGAGAGAGAGAGAGAGAGAGAGAGAGAGAGAGAGAGAGAGAGAGAGAGAGAGAUUUAUUUUCCCUUUUGUAGUUGAACUAUUUGCACAUCUUUAUUCCUUUGGAACUUUUGUGAGUGUAAUGUUUACUGUUCAUGUUUUAUUGUUUAUUUCACUUUUGUUUAUUAUCUAUUUCACUUGCUUUGGCAAUGUAAACAUAUGUUUCCCAUGCCAACAAAGCCCCUUGAAUUUAAAUUGAAUUCAGAGAGAGAGAGAGAGAGAGAGAGAGAGAGAGAGAGAGAGAGAGAGAGAGAGAGAGAGAGAGAGAGAACACAGAGAGAGAGAUUUCCUUUGUCGGCCCAGCAUGCGUUGUUUACGACUCUACUUCUCCCUUUAAUAGCCAGAAUGAAUUAAACAUGGCCCAAAUGAAGCGGGGAUAACUCCCUCCUCCUCUUAGCUAUGCACUGUAGCCUACUGAUUCACUAUGCUGUUAACUCUCUCCCUGUAGUUAAUGUACCAGACAUAUAUUUUUCACUUCAGUUGAGCUAACAUUGUGUUGUUGUUGACAUCCAGCAUGCAUUCUAUCCACAGCACAACAUUCUAUUUACAAUGAGAAUUCUAGUCAAAUCUAACAUUCUGUUGUUGGUGCGGCUAGCAUGCAUUUUAUCCAUAGCAAAGGUUAUAUUUCCCAUGAACUGUAUAGACGGUCUAGCUACUCUAAACUGUAUUGCACUGUACCUCUAUUUAGAUUAGUGCACAUGUUCUGAGAAUCCACAGCACACCGGACAUGAUGAGCAGAUAAUGUCCAUGUACCGUACAGCACCUCCCUGGAAAGUGGAUUAAGUACAGGAGAUAUCUAUCCAGGGUGUUUACAGACAGACAGUGGAAAAUGAUGUUCUCAUAUUCUGUUCACUCUCUUGUUGCAUUCUGUUCUGUUCAUGUAUUGGUUGGUGGACUUCCAGACUUGUGGAAUGUUAGCAUUGAACAUUCUACUCAAAACGAACAUUCUGUUGCUGUUGACAUCCAGCAUGCAUUCGAGUGAUUCUACCCACUGCACACAAUCAUAUUUACCAUCAACCUUCUAUUCACUGCUAACAUUCCAUUUACAGCAUACUAACAUUCCACAAGUCUGGAAGUCCACCAACCAAUACAUGAACAGAAGAGAAUACAACAAGAGAGGGAACAGAAUAUGAGAACAUCAUUUUCCACUGUCUGUCUGUAAACACCCUGGAUAGAUAUCUCCUGUACUUAAUCCACUUUCCAGGGAGGUGCUGUACGGUACAUGGACAUUAUCUGCUCAUCAUGUCCGGUGUGCUGUGGAUUCUCAGAACAUGUGCACUAAUCUAAAUAGAGGUACAGUCCAAUACAGUUUAGAGUAGCUAGACCGUCUAUACAGUUAAUGGUACUUUAGGAGUGCCAGUAAAACCAGUUGAGAUGAGAACACGGUUCUAUACGGAGGUAUACUCCAUGAGAUCUAAGCACUCAUAACCACAUCUUGCUGAGUCCUGGGCCCUGGCCAGCUGUGUUCCCGUCUGUCACAGACCAUACUCCAUAUUACUGGUAACAUUCAGCAGAUGUUAAGUUGAUAAUAAUGUGGGUGCUUAUAUUUGUCCUGUUUCACACAUGUACAAGUAUUUCUGUGUGAAAUUGAUUACAUUUUUUUUUGUGUGCAUAUCCUAACUCCCCCUGUGACACCCUCGGAGAAUGGGGUCAGGGUUAGCCAUUAUCAAUGGCGACCCUGGAGCAAUUAGGAUUAAGUGCCUUGCUCAAGGGCACAGUGACAGAUUUGUCACCUUGUCGGCUCGGGGAAUUGAGCUAGCGAGUUUUCGGUUGCUGGCCCAAUGCUCUAACCACUAGGCUACCUGCCGUACAGGUAGGUUAGGGUUAGUCCUGUCAACCCACAGAUCUAUACUGUAUCCCAGAGACAUAUAUUACGAAUUAAUAUAUGACUCUGCUGUAGUCUAAUGGUGCUUUGAAAGGUCCUGUAAAUGGUUUAUACUGUAGUCUAAUGGUGCUUUAAAAGGUCCUGUAAAUGGUUUAUACUGUAGUCUAAUGGUGCUUUGAAAGGUCCUGUAAAUGGUCUAUACUGUAGUCUAAUGGUGCUUUAAAAUGUCCUGUAAAUGGUUUAUGCUGUAGUCUAAUGGUGCUUUGAAAGGUCCUGUAAAUGGUUUAUGCUGUAGUCUAAUGGUGCUUUGAAAGGUCCUGUAAAUGGUCUAUACUGUAGUCUAAUGGCGCUUUGAAAGGUCCUGUAAAUGGUUUAUACUGUAGUCUAAUGGCGCUUUGAAAGGUCCUGUAAAUGGUCUAUACUGUAGUCUAAUGGCGCUUUGAAAGGUCCUGUAAAUGGUCAAUACUGUAGUCUAAUGGCGCUUUGAAAGGUCCUGUAAAUGGUCUAUACUGUAGUCUAAUGGCGCUUUGAAAGGUCCUGUAAAUGGUCUAUACUGUAGUCUAAUGGCGCUUUGAAAGGUCCUGUAAAUGGUUUAUACUGUAGUCUAAUGGUGCUUUGAAAGGUCCUGUAAAUGGUUUAUACUGUAGUCUAAUGGUGCUUUGAAAGGUCCUGUAAAUGGUCUAUACUGUAGUCUAAUGGUGCUUUGAAAGGUCCUGUAAAUGGUCUAUACUGUAGUCUAAUGGUGCUUUAAAAGGUCCUGUAAAUGGUCUAUACUGUAGUCUAAUGGCGCUUUGAAAGGUCCUGUAAAUGACGCUAAUGAUUUAAGAGACGGGUCCUUCGUUACAUCGGAUAACGUGUGAAGUUACACUGACUGGGGAUUUACUGCCAUAGGGAUUCUCACUGCUUGUAAAACCGUGUGUGUGUGUGUGUGUGUGUGGGUGUGGUGUGUGGUGUGUGUCAGUGGCCCCUUUAGGUCACUGGUGGUCCUGGGUCAUUUCUCAUUAAAAUGUGACUGGUGAUUCCUGAAGGGAUGGUUUUGUAAAAUGUGUAGGCUACAAUUAGGCUAUGAAAAAUGAAUCCUACAUAGUAUAUUUUAGUCUGGGUCAAUAAGUGGAUGAUAAGGUCAACGGGGGUCUGUAAAGUGAGGAAAGGGUGAAUACAAUAGGCGAUAUCCAGGUACUAAUUUAACCCUACAAUAAUUGUACUUAAUAGGCAAUCAAUAGGCAACAACCUUGGGAAUAUUAGGCUAUAAUGUAGACUAAUAUAACUAGUCCGUAGGAACCAUUUGGCUAUAGCCUACUAAUGAGUUAGAAAGAUGACAUUGACCAAAUUCUACAACUUUUGUUGGCUACUGUAUUGUACACUCAAAAAAUUAGGGGUUCAACAAGGGUUCUUCUACGAUCCUCAAAGUUCUUCGAAGAACCUUAGGGUUCUUGGCACUGAAAAUUGCCCCAAAAAGGUUUGUCCAAGAACCCCAUAGGAGGUGGGGUUCAUCGAGGAACCUCCUUAGUUGGUAGGGGUUCUUGCAGGAACCUAACUGCCCAACUGAAACAUUUUGAUUUUAAUUUGAAAGCACAGCAGUUGCAGGCACUUAACUCAACAAUGUAAAGAUCUCCUCAAUGUAAGGUAAGGUUUGUCCCUUAUAUGAUGCAUUGAUAUUGUUUUAUGAUGAUUACAUCUAUCUUUUCAUAUUUGUGAAAAUCUUUCUAAAACAGAAAAUCGACACAAUUCAAUGGAUAUCAAUCAACAAAGAGGUAAGAAUAUGUAGGCUAUAAGAAUAUGUUGAAGGCUAGCUGUAUUGGAUGUAGAUAACUGAACUGCUCGCUUUUGUGUCUGUAGGUAUACAGACGAGGAGGCAUACAAAGGUAUGUCAAUUGGUAUUGGUAUGUUAUGCAGAUCACAUUUACCAUCCUCCUCCCUUACCUCUUCAAUUAAUAUCCCAUAGGCCUCUACAUUAUGGACAAGGUAUGUGUAUGAAAACCCUUCUGAAAACAAUUUGUUUCAUUCACAUUCACCACAUAAACCACGGUAUGAAUACUGCUGUGUGCAUGUUUUGCUAAUCAUCUGUAUAAUUACUAUUUUUUUGAUUCACAGACUUCACCCUCCCUACACCUCUGAUGAAUAUAACAGGAAACCUGUUCGAUCACCAUGCACUGCAAAAAUCAUUCUGGCUAUGAAUACGGAGAACUUCAACACAUUACCAUCAACACGCCAGAGGAUAUAUCCAUUGGACUUGGGGCUCUGCUGGGAGUUUACCUCAUAUUUUGGAUUUUUUUAUUCUGCUUUGUCACUGAAAUCAUAUGAAACACUGAGAACUAAAAUAUUGUGUUAUUGUUGUUAUUGUUAUGUGUAUUUUUAUUAUUAUUAUUAUUAAUACUAAUAAUAACAGGGGAGGGGGGUAGUUCAAAAAUGAACCCCAAAAGGUUCUUCAAAAGGUUCUUCGGGGAUCCAUUGAAAGGGGUUCUUUGAAGAACCUUUUUAAAGGGUCCUUUAAAGAACUUAUAGGAGUUCCCCCACAGUUUCAAUUUGAAGAACCCUUAAAUGAUACUCCAGGAUCCUUUUCUUUUUAGAUUGUAGGCUAGUGCGUGAUAGUCUACCCCGGAGGAGUAAGAUCUCCAUUCUACCCCGGUACCGCCAUAUUCCUCCGUUAUUAUAGAACACACAUACGCCACCCGCUCCCCCUGUCUCCAUCACAUUCCGCCGUCUCUCCUCCCUCAUCCGCCGCUGGCCAGCCCCCCCUACCGAACACCGAAUUUUGAGCGCGUGCACUAGGUCGGCUUGCUCGAGCAUCCACACCGGGACACAAAUGGAAACCCUUAGGGGAAACUCACAAAUAAGAAGUCCUGCCCCGGUAAAACAGUCGUUGUCGGACAAAAUGGAGCAACAAUAGCGUCGUUUUCUUCCCGUCCUUCCUUCAUAAUUUAGUCGUUACAUCGUUCCGAAGCGGGCAACGCGCGUCCCGUAGUUACACCAGUCUAGGCUACCGACCGACUGAUUAUUGUUCACCUGCGAAGUGCUACGGACGGAUUUGUGUACGCAGAAGAUGAUAUAACGCACAUUGAAGACGACCUGAACGGGAACGUGUAACUGGAGCCGCGCGAAGAAGGAGCAUGAAGUUUGCGGUUGCAGUGUUGUGGCUGUUGUGGUUGUCGGUCGGCGUCGCCACUAUUGAAGGUAGGCAGAAGGGAUACGAUGCGCUUCAUAGUCAACGCUACAGAAACUGCAGGGCCUAAUAUACAGCGGUUUGAGUGAAAUCCUUUUCUCUGUGAAUGGAUUGUUGUUCUAUAUAGCCAGCUUGACGUGUAGCCUACCCGGCAGUGUCCACUUUGCAAUCAGAUAGACCUUAUUGCUUUGAUUUCAAACGGGACACCGUGAACCGUUAGACAGAACCGUCCCAUUCUCUCCCACCAAUGCAGUGCCAAUAAACCGUUAGGUUUAUCCGUUAGAUCAAGUGAAGCAAAUGUUAUGUAGGCUAUACAAGCUACAGAAAAUGAUUUAUUUAACGGGUGGGUGUGUAGCGCCAUCCUGGGUCGAGUGAAGGACUCGUCCCCCUUGAUUACAAAACAAAAACAAUAACAAACUAACAAAUCAACAAUUAAUAGGCAGCGUACAGCUAUUGCCGAUCCUAAGUUAAAAAUGAGUCUACCUACUGUUGUGUUGCUUGACUCAAGCCAUGCGUUACAUAAAGACAGUGCUACACAUUGUCUGCAUAGUUUAUAUCAGGCCCAUGUGACAAUAUGGAGGGGUUGGGCUCAGUUCACUUCUCUAUUCAGUCCACUCAGCGUUAUCUGUGUGUGUGUUAUCUAUCGUUCUUCUAUAGUGUAGUAGACUGUAUUACACACAGUAACAGAUAGAUGGGAUAUGAUAUAUUGUAACAUACAGUAACAGAUAGAUUGAAUAUGAUAUAUUGUAACACACAGUAACAGAUAGAAAGGAUAUUAUAUAUUGUAACACAAACUAACUGAUAGAUGGGAUAUGAUAGAUUGUAACACACAGUAACAGAUAGAUAGGAUAUGAUAGAUUGUAACACACACUAACAGAUAGAUGAAGUAUGGUUGAGGAUGUGUGUGUGUGUGUGUGUGUAUGAAUCUGCUAACCCCCGAGCCUUUACACCACUCUAAUCUGGGAAAUGGAGUCGCUGCAACGACCAGACAUAAAUCCUCACUGUCAACACAGCCACUGUGUGUGUUUGUUUGCGUUUGUGCUUGCCUGCUUGUGUGUGUGUACCUGUGUGUGUACCACAGUCUGCCCCCAGCUCUCUGUGCCAAACCGCUGACCUCAAACCAUCAGGAGUCAAAUAACAAUCUGACCCGAGAUACUGUAUACUGCUAGGAAACCAGUAGAGUAUAGAUACAGUAUACUGCUAGGAAACAGUAGAGUAUAGAUACAGUAUACUGCUAGGAAACAGUACAGUAUAGAUACAGUAUACUGCUAGGAAACUAAGUAUGAGAUACUACAUAUCUGCUGGAAAAAAGUACCGUUUGUCAGAUAUGCUAGGAAAAAAUAGGGUAUAAAACAGGAUAUGCAGGAAAAAAGUAGGGAUAGAACGAUACUGUAGGAAAAAGUAGGGGUUUGAUACGUUUUGCUAGGAAACAGUACGUAUAGAUACGUAUAUGCAGGAACAUACAGUAUAGAUACGUAUACUGCUAGGAAAAUAGAGUAUAGGGUACAGUAUACUGCUAGGAAAAAAGUUUAAAUAAGAUAAAAAUACUGCUAGGAAACGUGGGGAUUUGAUUCAGGAAAAUGCUAGGGAAAAAUACAGUAUAGAUACGUAUACGCUAGGAAAAAGUACAUAUAGUACAGAUUGUAGGAAAAUGUGGGUUUUUAAACAGUAUAUGUAGGAAAAAGUGAGUUAGAUACAGAUACGCUGGAAAAAAAUACAGAUAGAUAAAUAUGUAGGAAAAAAUACAGUAGUACAGUAUAUCUAGGAAAAAAGUAGGGUUUUAGAUUUCAGUAUACGUAGGGAAAAAAAUAGGUAUAAUACAGUAUCUGCUAGGAAACAGACGAAGAUACAUAUACUGCUAGGAAAAGUACAUAUAGUACAGUAUACUGCAGGGAAAAAGGGUAUAGAUCAGAAAUGUAGGAACAGUGCGUAAGAACAGAAAUUUCUAGGAAACGUAGGUUUUUAAAAUACAGUAACUGUAGGAAACCGUUUGAAUAGUAAAGUUACUGCUAGGAAACGUUUAAUUGAUACAGUUCUGCUAGGAAAAAAGUAGGGUUUAAAAAAGGGAAAAGUAGGAAACAGUACAGUAUAGAUACAGUAUACUGCUAGGAACAGUAGGGUAUAGAUACAGUAUACUGCUAGGAAACAGUAGGGUAUAGAUACAGGAAACUGCUAGGAAACAGUCGCAUAAACCAGAUACGCUAGGAAACAGUACACGCUAUCAGAUACACAAUCUGCUAGCAAACAGUGCAGUAUAGAUCCCCCAGUAUACUGCUAGGAAACAUGCAUUUAUCGAACGUAUCUUGGAAACAUACAUAGGAUCAGUAUAUUAGGAAACAGUACGUAGGAUACAGUAUUGCCAGAAACAAACAGUAUAGUUUACGUACUUCUAGGAAACAUUUAAGUAUAGAUCAUUUAUACUGCUGGGAAAUCAUAAGUUAUAGAUACAGUAUACUGCUAGGAAACAGUACAGUAUAGAUACAGUAUACUGCUGGAAAGGUUUUUAGGGUUUAUAUACAUUACUGCUGGGAAACAGUACAGUAUAGAUACAGUUACUGCUGGGGAAAAAUUUACAUAUAGUACAUAUACUGCUAGGAAAACAGUACAGAUAGAACAGUAUACUGCUAGGAAACCGUAGAGUUAUAGAUCAUAUACUGCUAGGAAACUUAGAGUUAUACAAAAUUGCUAGAAACAUGAGUAUAGAUCCGUUACUGCUAGGAAACAGUAGGUAUAUAUAAAAUUUACUGCUAGGAAACAGUACGUAUAGUACAGUAUACUGCUAGAACAGUAGAGUUGUAAGUAUACUGCUAGGAAAAAGUAGUAUAUAAUACAGAACUGCUGAAACAUCGAUAUAGAUACAGUAACUGCUAGGAACAGAAAGAACCAGUAUAAAUCGCUGGAAAACAGUAAGAACAGUAACUGCAGAAAAAUAGGGAUAGAUACAGGAAUGCAGGAAACAAAGAUUACGAUACUGAAUGCUAGAACAGUACGUAAGAACAGAUAGCGCUAGGAAACAGUAACAGAUAGAAACAGUUCUGGCUAAAAUGGUGAAAAAUAUACCCCAGAAAAUACAACCAAACGGGGCCCAAUUAAACCCCCCCCUACCAAAACAUAACACACAACCCAUGCACAUAAACCCACACACUCCAAAACACACCACAUCAAACAAACAAUGACAUAAACCCAAACACCACAACCACCACCACAAAACACAUGUAAACAUUGCACCAACCACGCUCCAAGGGAGGUGAGAGAUACGGGAUUAGGGGAAUCUUUUUGAAAAGUGUUACAUUCCUCAGGGGUCCUUGUCCCUUUGCAUUGUGGGUAAACAACAGUUGCGACAGAGAGGUUGAGUAGACCUAGAGGUCAAAGGUCUAUAUCUGGAGACCAUCUGUGUGUGUGUGUUUUACGUCGUAGUGGACUGACCUUUUAUAAACUCACAGUUACAUCCACUGUCCAUGGUGCUGAACUCUCCUAUGUUUUACACUGUAGUAGACUUGCCUUUAUACACUCACAGUUACAUCCACUUUCCAUGGUGCUGAACUCUUCUAUGUUUUACAGUGCUUAGGCUAUUUCUUCACUUUACAAACUCAGAAAUUUUAACCAUAUGGCUGAUUUUCUUAAAAGGGCAAUCUGCAGUUGCGAUAUCCAUCUUUGGAUUUAUACAUUUUUAAUAUGUACCCAUUGAUUCUUGAAGAAUAUAACUUAUAAAUGCCCCAUGAGCUUAGUUCUUCUGUCAGAACCCAAAAAAAGAAGCUUGUCCAGAGAGCUGAUCCUAAGUUUGUUGUAAAAGGAACUUUAACCCAGUCAGAGAUUAAGUCUGAAUUAAGCUCAACAUCGCAAUGGCCCACCUGGGUGAUACAUGGCUGCCAUUUUGUCCCACAUCAGCAGUUGUCACAUACAAGGCCAUGUCCCACAUCAGCAGUUUCACUGCGUGAGCUGACAAAACCCAUUCAUCUAAUUGCAACUGGGAGAAGAUGUGUUUUGCAAUGAAAGGGUUAAUUACUUCUCACGCUGACAUGUAGCGGUGUUUCUAUCUGUUCAGUUCUCCAGCACAUUGUCUGCAUCCCAAAUGAUACCCUCUUCCCUGUAUUGCCCCAUAAGGCUCUGUUCAAAGUAGUGUACUAUGUAGUGAAUAAGGGGCCAUUAGGGGCGCGGCCAUUGUUUUAAUCUCCCUUCUCGGUGGUAGGGAGCGCCAUGGCUCUAUUAUGAGCAGAUGGUGCCAGGGUCAUGCGGCCGUACCAUUGUGUGUCCCAUGGGGGGGGGGGGUGUGUGUGUGUGUAGACAAAGUUUCACUCAAACAAAGUUUCAGUCAAACUCCAAACACAGUCUCUGUCAAACAAAGCCUAGACGGUGAGAGACUGUAGAUUCAACAUCAGAUUACACAUCUAGACUUUGAUAUAUGAUGCAAUGCAAAGCAAUAACAGUCAGGCAUUCAAGCAUACACACACACACUUGAGGGAAAUUUGGACAAGUCUUCCUUACUAAAAGGUGUGUGUGUUGUUGAUGGUGUGUAUUUCCGUGCACUCUUCUAUCUUUUCCUAAUGUGAUUCUUCAGUAUCUUCUGAUGCUUAUCCAUAGCUUUAUACUAUACUGCAUAUUAUUGUUAAUCUACUUAGAAACCCACAGCCCUCUCUGUAUCCCCUCCCCCUCUCCUCAAUCCCUCUCUCUCUCCUUUCUCUCUCUCCUUCUCCCUCCCCCUCUCUCCCUCCCCUCAAUCUCUCUCUCUCUCCUUUCUCUCUCUCCUUCUCCCUCCCCCUCUCUCCCUCCCCUCAAUCUCUCUCUCUCUCCUUUCUCUCUCUCCUUCUCCCUCCCCCUCUCUCCCUCCCCUCAAUCUCUCUCUCUCUCUCUCUCUGGGCUACAGGAACCCUACAGUGUGAUUUAUAUUGCUAUUGUCAGUGUAGGUGAUAGUAUAUUGCUGUUCCAUCUAUAAACUCAUCACCAGGAUAGAGAGACACACAUACGCAUGCGCACACACACACACACACACACAGACAACACAACACAAAAUGCACAAACACCAUCAACAUGAUGGAGAGUCCCACUCACCCCUCCCAUGCAGACUCUAGCUACAGCACUAUUGUAUUGGUUAAUCUCCUCUAGUUAUCAUGGCCCUUCAGAGAGAUAGAGAUGUGUAGGGAUGUGUAGGGGAUUUAGGGUUGUUUAGGGGUGUGUAAAGGUGUGUAUGGAUGUGUAGGGGUGUGUAGGGAUGUGUAGGGUUGUCUAGGGAUGUGUUGGGGUGUUUACGGGCGUGUAGGGGAUUUAGGGUUGUUUAGGGGUGUAUAAAGGUGUGUAUGGAUGUGUAGGGGUGUGUAGGGAUGUGUAGGGUUGUCUAGGGAUGUGUAGGGGUGUUUACGGGUGUGUAGGGAUGUGUAGGGGAUUUAGGGUUGUUUAGGGGUGUGUAAAGGUGUGUAUGAAUGUGUAGGGAUGUGUAGGGAUGUGUAGGGUUGUCUAGGGAUGUGUAGGGUUGUGUAGGGGUGUCUAGGGAUGUGUAGGGGUGUGUAAAGGUGUGUAGGGAUGUAUAUGGUGUGUGUAGGGGUGUCUAGGGAUGUGUAGGGGUUUUAGGGUUGUGUAGGGGUGUGUAAAGGUGUCUAGGGGUGUGUAGGGGGUGUAGGGGUGUGUAAAGGUGUGUAGGGAUGUGUAGAGGUGUGUAGGGAUGUGUGUAGGGGUGUCUGUGGAUGUGUAGGGGUGGUAGUGGAUAGAGAAGGUACCGGAGGGACAUACAUUAGAGUUCAUAUUUUUUUGUCAAUUAAAAGAAUGGCAGACUCAUAAACAACACAUGCUGGGCCUCUUACAGCAUUCAUCUCUCUCUGUCUCUCUGUCUCUCUCUCUGUCUCUCUCUCUCUCUUCUGUCUCUCUUUCCUCUGUCUCAGAGACAAUGAAAGGGUAAUGUGAGGCUAGUGAUGUGGGUCCCUCAGUCUCUGUUCUCCUCUUAUCUUCUCUUUCCACAUCCAUCCCUCUCUCUCUCUAUCCCUUUCUCUCCCCCCAUCCCUCCCUCUAUAUCUCACACCAGGGGCUCAGCCACAGCCAAACACCACACACUAAUACCAAUGAGCUCUCAAAGCAUUUACAGUUUUUCUCAAUUGCUAAAACACUAAAACCCAUUGGCUGUUCAAAGUUCUCAGUUGCCUGGACUCAUUUAGCUAAUUAUGCAGUCUGUUGUCAAUACCUUUGUCACGUUCGUUCAUCGACGGGUCAGACCAAGGCGCAGCGUGAUAUGCAUACAUGUUUAUUUGAAUGAAUAAACAACCGACAAAACAACAAACCAACGAAACGUGAAGUCCAAGGCAGCACAACACAACAUACCUUAACACGGAACAAGAUCCCACAACCCACUAGUGCCAAUAGGCUGCCUAAGUAUUGUCCCCAAUCAGAGACAACGAGCGACAGCUGCCUCUGAUUGGGAACCACACCGGCCAACAUAGAAAUAGACAUACUAGAUUCUACAACAUAGAACUAACACAACAAGGAAUACACACACCCUGACUCAACAUAUAAGCGUCCCCUGAGUCAGGGCGUGACAGUACCCCCACCCAAAGGUGCGGACUCCGACCGCGCAACAUAAACAUAACAGGGUAGGGGCGGAUCCGGCUCCGGGCUUGACCACCACCUAUUCUCCGCCUCCCUGUUGCGCCCCUGGUCUGGUCUGGACCUCGGCGAGCUGCUUGCCCUCUCCUUCCUCCCACGAAGUACCAAGCCCUGUCUGGACCCUGGUGUGAGAGACCCCGAACCUGGAGAGGGGCUGACGUCUGGGUCUGGACUGGAACCGCUGACUGGAGCUGAACCCGACGACGGUGGAGCGAACUGCUCUGGCUCCGGAGUAGAGCCGCUGACCGGAGCUGGAUCAGGCACCGGUGGAGCGGACUUCUCUGGCUCAGGAGUGGAGCCGCUGACCGGAGCUGGACUGGACCCCGGUGGAGCGGAUUUCUCUGGCUCCAUAGUGGAGCAGCUGACUGGAGCUGAACUGGGCACCGGUGGAGCGGACUGCUCUGGUUCCGGAGUGGAUCCGCUGACCGGAGCUGGACUGGACCCCGGUGGAGCGGAUUGCUCUGGCUCCAGAGUGGAGCAGCUAACCGGAGCUGGAUCAGGCACCGGUGGAGCGGACUGCUCUGGCUCCGGAGUGGAGCAGCUGACCGGUGCCGGACCAGGCACCGGUGGAACAGGCAUGGGCCAUGCCGGACUGGACACACGCACCACUGGUCUGGUGCGAGGAGCAGGCACAGGCCGGACCGGACUAGGAACACGCACCACUGGCUUGGUGCGAGGUGCAGGAACAGGCCGUACUGGGCUGGCGACGCGCACCAUUGACUUGGUGCGAGGGGCAGGAACAGGCCGGGCCGGGCUGGCGACGCGCACCACUGGCUUGGUGCGAGGGGCAGGAACAGGCCGGGCCGGGCUGGCGACGUGCACUACUGGCUUGGUGCAAGGGACCGGAACAGGCCGGACCGGGCUGGCGACGCGCACCACUAGCUUGGUGCGAGGGACAGGAACAGGCCGGGCAGGGCUGCGAAGGCAGACUGGAGGUCUGGAGCAGUGAGCUGGCACAACCCGUCCUGGCUGGCUGCCCACUUUCGCACUACACGUGCGGGGCGCUGGCACAGGACGCACUGGUUUGUGCACGCGCACUGGCGAUACAACUCGUAGAACUGGCGCAGGAUAUGCGGGACCGAGGAGGCGUACUGGAGACCAGGAGCGUUGAGCCAGCACACCCCGUCCUGGCUGGAUGCCCAUCUUCGCACGGCACGUGCGUGGUGCAAGCACAGGACGUACAGGACUGUGCCGGCGCACUGGCAACACAGUACGUAGCUCCGCAUAACAUGGAGCUUGCCCAGUCAUACGCCUUCUCGCGUGAGUACGGGCAGUUGGCUCUGCUCUAACCCUAGGCUCCGCCAACCACCCUCUUAGCCCCCCCCCAAAAAAAAAUAUUGGGGCUGUCUCUCGGGCUUCUUCCUCGACCGGCUUCCUCUGUGCUGCCGUUGCUCCUCUCCUCCCUGGGCAUCUACCUUUGCCCAUGGCCCUUUCCCCGCAAAUAUCUCCUCCCAUGACCACCAUUUGCCCACCUGUGACAUGGCAAUUCGCUCUUCCUGGGCACGCUGCUUGGUCCUCGUUUGGUGGGAUCUUCUGUCACGUUCGUUCAUCGACGGGUCAGACCAAGGCGCAGCGUGAUAUGCAUACAUGUUUAUUUGAAUGAAUAAACAACCGACAAAACAACAAACCAACGAAACGUGAAGUCCAAGGCAGCACAACACAACAUACCUUAACACGGAACAAGAUCCCACAACCCUCUAGUGCCAAUAGGCUGCCUAAGUAUUGUCCCCAAUCAGAGACAACGAGCGACAGCUGCCUCUGAUUGGGAACCACACCGGCCAACAUAGAAAUAGACAUACUAGAUUCUACAACAUAGAACUAACACAACAAGGAAUACACACACCCUGACUCAACAUAUAAGCGUCCCCUGAGUCAGGGCGUGACAACCUUAAACCAUUUCACAUGGUAAAACACAAUUUGCAGAUCUCACUUAUCAGCAAAACUCUAAACACAUUCUCAUUUUCAAAACACAUUCUGCACUCUAAUGCACAUGUCAUCCAUACUGGUAAACACAAGUGGCAACAAUCAAAUACAAAUAGAGAACACAUGUCAUUCAUUGAACACAACCACUCAAAAUUGAUUUAACCUGUUUCAAAUGAUGCGACACAACCAAUAUAAGCCAGUUCAGAGAGCAAACAGGUUGUUGAAGGUGGGAAGGAGAAAGUCUGAGAAUGGAUAGAAGAAACAAUGUGAGAGGAUGAGGACGAGUGCGUAUUCGAGGUGGGCGACGAGGAGGAAGAGGAGGAGGAGGGCAAGAAAGAGGAAGAGGAGGAUGAAGAGGAAGAGGAAGACAAAGAGUGGAAAUAUCUGAUGAAAUUUGAGCAACAGUCAUAGACCAUGUUCUUUUCCAUGGACUGACAAUGAGGGAAGCAGGACUUAGAGUGCAACCCAAUUUGAGACGAUUUUCUGUGUCCACCAUAGUAAGGACAUUCAGAGAAGAGAACAGGUACAGUAUACUACUGUAUUUUUGUAAUGCAAAUUUACUUUACUACACUAUAUGCAGCUGUUUCAAUAGACAUUUGUAAAGUUACAGUUUUUGCCCAUUGCUUACACACUAAAACCGAAUGCUUAGACCAAAGCCUCAAUACCUAAACUCCUUGUAGCAUACCUUAAACACAGUGUAACCAUAGCUUAAACACAAUGUCAACUUUGCACUUUGUUUGCAAUUCUGUAACACACUUAUUGCGAAACACUACACACGUUUUCUUACAUUAGACACUUUGUUCAAAAAAACGAAAUCACCUGUUAUCAUUGGGAAAACACUCUGUUCAAAAUGCAAAACUCAUCUGGCAAUUGUAUGCACUUACAUACACACACCUGAAAACACUUGCACAGAAAACAGAACACCAAUCAGUCUGAGCCUUAGCACUACAAAUAGGCCUCAGGUAAGCCAUUUUUAGAACUUUGCAAGCAUGGAGGCAAUUGGAGUCAGAGUAAGAGGAGGACAAAGAGAGAGAGGAGUCGGAUGUGGAAGAGGACGUGGAAGAGGACGAGGACCAGUGCGGAGACGUAUAUCAGAUGACAUCAGGGCUACUCUGGUGGACCAUGUGAUAAAUCAUGGCCUGUCCAUGAGGGAGGCUGGGCAAAGAGUCCACCCUAACCUCAGUCGCUACACAGUAGCAUCGAUAAUAAGGACAUUCCGACUGGAGAACAGGUAUAUCUUCAAGUUUCUACUCCAGACUGUACCUACUGUAUGUGUCACAUGAUUCUGUAUCAUAUUACAGUAUUACUGUACUAACUAUACUAUACAAAAAUGGGUAGUGCUGUGAAGUACUGUAUAUGUAAAGGAAUACCAUUGUGAUGUUGCAGUACUGUGUACAGUUUGAAAGUACAGUAUGUGAAAAAGAAACCUAACCAAUGACAUCUUGUGGUGGCAUUUUCUACAGAAUGGUUGGACGACCUCCUCAAGGUGGAAGGGAACAGCUCUUCACUCAACAACAAGAGCUUGCCAUCAUUGAAAUGGUGCGAGAAAAUAAUGCGAUCCGACUUCGUGAGUUGCAACAACGCAUAAUUGCAAAUGGAAAUGAAUUCAACAAUAUCAACAGGGUCAGCAUUUCUACACUAAGUCGCAUCCUACAGAAACAUAACUUCAGAAUGAAGCAGCUGUACAGGGUGCCAUUUGAGAGGAACAGUGUCAGGGUCAAGGAUCUGCGCCAUGAUUAUGUGCAGGUAUGUGUCACUUUACUUGACAUACUAUAUAUUGUGAUGUGGGAAUGAGGGUUUAUGCUGCCACCUGCCCUGCCUGUAGCUUGUAGUUUUUGUCUAUACUCACCCAACCCAGCCCCUACUUGUGUGAAAAUAUAGACAUUGUAGUUACUGUAUGUGUUUUCAGCAACACUAUUCAAUAUUUUCUGUUACAGACAGUUCUGGAGUUUGAUGCCAGAUGCCAGAUCCGAACAGAAGGCGUGAUCCAUAAGCCCCCCCGCCCCCCACCACACACACGCACACACACACGCACACACACACACACAAAACAAGUAUGUUUUUUCCCCCAAUAGCAAUUUAUCCAGUAAUUUUUUUUUUUUUUUUUACUUUUGUUUUGUUGCUAAAUUUGAUGUUAAGAAUUUCUGUAAGAAUGUUUGUUUUUUUGUAAAAACUUUUUUGUAAAUACUGUUUGAUUACUGCAGAAAUUCUACUUUUGAGUUUUACAGAAGACAAUGACAAUAAAAUGACAAUAAAAAUAGAAACUCAAAGACUGCAGUGUUUUAUAUAAAGCCCAUCAGUGUGUUGCUGGUGAUAUGAAAGAGUAAUUCAAAUGUUGCUUGUGUGUAUGGUUUUGUUGCAAGAAUUUCAUUUUUAGAAAGGAGUGUUAAGUUUUGAUUGCAGUGUUUCAUUUUGGCAUAUAUGUGAGUUGUUAAUCUCCAAGUGCUAUGUCUGAUUGGCUUGUGUGUUGAGUUUUGACAUAAUGAGCCAAAUUCUGCAAAAAGUGUGUAAGCAAUAGGCAAAAACUGUAAUCACUGUAUGUAUUGUACUGCAUGAAUAUGUUUUGUAACUGCACAACUACUUUUUGUAGAAUUGCAAGGCUGCCACAUGCAGGUGGAAGGACAGCUAUAUUCACUCGGGAGCAAGAGGCCGUUAUAGUUGGCAUGGUCCUUCAAGAUAAUGCAAUACGACUCAGAGAAAUCCAGGAACGGGUGAUACAAGACAACACACACUUCCAGGGAAUCGACAGUGUGAGCGUUUCCACAAUUGACCGUGUCCUCCAUCGUAACAGGAUGUGAAUGAAACAAGUAUACAGAGUACCUUUUGAGCGCAACUCACCAAGGGUGAAAGAACUGCGAGCUCAGUAUGUGCAAGUAAGUAUACAUUCAGAAACAUCAAUGGGCAGUUUAUGAACUUGUACCUCCCUCCAUACUCGCCUUUCCUGAAUCCGAUUGAGGAGUUUUUCUCCUCUUGGAGAUGGAAAGUGUAUGAUAGACAACCCUACAUCAGAGUAAAUCUGCUGCAAGCCAUGGAUUUAGCCUGUGGUGAUAUAGGUGAGGAAUCAUGUCAGGGCUGGAUACGGCACACAAGAGGCUUCUUCCCCCGUUGCCUCAGGAGGGACAAUAUUGCUUGUGAUGUCGACGAAGUGCUCUGGCCUGACCCAGCCCAAAGACAAGGAGAAGCACAUUGAUCACAUGUUUACUCCUUUGAUUUUUGUCCCUUUUAGUAUUGUAUGCUGUAGUACAGUGCAUUGUAGGCUGUAUACUGUACAAUGGACAAAUUGUAUGGCCCUGAACAUUGUGCUUUCCAUUUGUUAACAGUACUGACUGCUCAAUAGAUUUUGACUGGCUGCAGGUUCAUAUCAACAAAGAACAAGAAUUACAGUAUCACAGAGACAAAGGACAAGUUUGUGAGAUGCAGGGUACAGUACUGUAAAAAUAGGGGUACAAGGAGGAGGAAGAACAAAAAACCAAAGAGCAAAGCAGAGUAGUAAUUUCUGAUCAAUUUUGAGCUACUAUGAUAGAACAUGUUUUCGUUCAUCAAAAGACAACGACGGAAAAAUAUGAAAUUUGUUUUGAGAUUAAAAAUGUACUUCUCCCUGAGAACUGUAUGUUUUGAACAAUGUGUUUUCUAUUUUUCGGUGUAUUGUUUACUGACUGCUUGAGAGUGUUUAUCAUUUUGAUCACUUUGUUUAUGAUUUGAGAGCAGUGUUUGAUUUUGAACACAGGUAAAACUGUUUUGAGGCGAAUGUUUAAUUUUGCGAGAGGAGUCAGAGGUUUUGUAAAUAGUGCUUGAAGAUGAGGUUUUGUGUUGAAUGUUUUCAGGAAAUGGAGCAAGGUUUCAGAAAUUGUGUUUUAGCAAUUGAGAAAAACUGUAACACAAUCAGUGUGUGUGUGUGUGUGUGUGUGUGUGUGUGUGUGUGUGUGGUUGUGUGUGUGUGUGUGUGUGUGUGUGUGUGGUUGUGUGUGUGUGUGUGUGUGUGUGUGUGUGUGUGUGUGUGUGUGUGUGGUUGUGUGUGUGUGUGUGGUUGUGUGUGUGUGUGUGUGUGUGUGUGGUGUGUGUGUGUGUGUGUGUGUAAGUGUGUGGUUGUGUGUGUGUGUGGUGUGUGUGUGUGGUGUGUGUGUGGUGUGUGUGUGGUGUGUGUUGUGUGGUGUGGUGUGUGUGUGUGUGUGUGUGUGUGGUGUGUGUGUGUGUGUGUGUGUGUGUGUGUGUGUGUGUGUGUGUGUGUGUGUGUGUGUGUGUGUGUGUGGUUGUGUGUGUGUGUGUGUGUGUGUGGUUGUGUGUGUGUGUGUGUGUGUGUGUGUGUGUGUGUGUGUGUGUGGUGUGUGUGUGUGUGGUGUGGUGUGUGUGUGUGUGUGUGUGUGUGUGUGUGUGUGUUGUGUGUGUGUGUGUGGUUGUGUGUGUGGUUGUGUGUGUGUGUGUGUGUGUGUGUGUUUGUGUGUGUGUGUGUGUGUGUGUGUGUGUGUGUGUGGUUGUGUGUGUGUGUGUGUGUGUGUGUGUGUGUGUGUGUGUGUGUGUGUAAGUGUGUAUCAUUCAGUUCUCUGUAGCUAAGACUAACAUAGUCUGUGACACUCACUACUCUAACCAUCUAAUGCAACAUUGAGUGUAUCUCUCUCUAGUCUAGAACCAUUCUGACCACUAUAGUGUCUAAAAGGUUGAUGAUGAUGUCAUGUUAUUAUGUGGGCCUAAUUAAUUCUCUAGUACUUCGGCACACUUACUUAAUCACACACACACACACACGAACACACACACACGUACACACGACACUGAAGGGACAGAGAAUUAGUCAGUCUGAGCUCUAAAUGCAUUUUUAGGUAAGGAAAUGAAACAUGCAUGUCCUUCCUGCUUCAUUCAUAUUGUAAGGCAGUACUGUGUAUAAUCUGUUAGGACAGGGUGUUUGUGCUUCACUGUGUACUGUCCAGUGGAUGAGUGAACACGUCGCUCUGUGCUCGACUAGAAUUCCUGGGUGAUUGUCUCCUUGUCUGAGGUGAUCAUGUCAGCGUGAUCAUUUCGUCAGUCUGGGGAGCUCAGAGGUGUUCUCUGAGCCAUGGCCAGCUGUCUGUGUGUGUGUGUGUGUUUCUGUGUGUGUGUGUGUGUGUGUGUGUGUGUGUGUGUGUGUGUGUGUUUGUGUCUGUGUGUGUGUGUUCAUGCCAUACUCUGCCUCUACCUUACUGAGACUAUUUCUCCAUUGCUUUGGUUUUGUUUCUAUAAAGACAUUUUCCUUGUUAGCUAACCGUCUCAAUUCAAUUCAAAGGGCUUUAUUGGCAUGGGAAACAUAUGUUUACAUUGCCAAAGUAAGUGAAAUAGAUAAUAAACAAAAGUGAAAUAAACAAAAAAAAAAGAACAGUAAACAUUACACUCACAAAAGUUCCAAAAUAAUAAAGACAUUUCAAAUGUCAUAUUAUGUCUAUGUACAGUGUUGUAACGAUGUGCAAACAGUUAAAGUACGAAUGGGAAAAUAAAUAAACAUAAAUACGGCUUGUAUUUACAAUAGUGUUUAUUCUUCAAUGGUUGCCCUUUUCUUGUGGCAACAGGUUACAAAUCUUGCUGCUGUGAUGGCACACUGUUGUAUUUCACCCAAUAGAUAUGAGAGUUUAUCCAAAUUUGAUUUGUUUUCUAAUUCUUUAUGGGUCUGUGUAAUCUGAGGGAAAUAUGUGUCUCUAAUAUAGUCAUACAUUUGGCAGGAGGUUAGGAAGUGAAGCUCAGUUUCUUCCUCAUUUUGUGGGCAGAGUGCACAUAGCCUGUCUUCUCUUGAGAGGCAGGUCUGCCUACGGCGGCCUUUCUCAAUAGCAAGGCUAUGCUCACUGAGUCUGUACAUGGUCAAAGCUUUCCUUAAGUUUGGGUCAGUCACAGUGGUCAGGUAUUCUGCCACUGUGUACUCUCUGUUUAGGGCCAAAGAGCAUUCUAGUUUGCUCUGUUUUUUUGUUUAUUCUGUCCAAUGUGUCAAAUAAUUAUAUUUUUGUUUUCGCAUGAUUUGGUUGGGUCUAAUUGUGUUGUUGUCCCUCUCUCCCUACCGUUCUCUUCCAUUUCUCUCUGCGCCGAGAGAGAGAGCGCGAGAUAGAGAGAGAGCGAGAUCUAUCGGAAGAUUCCGAACGAGGGAGGGAGGACGACAGAAAGCGCGCGAGCGAGAGAGAGAGCUAGAGAGCGAGAGAGCGCGAAGGAAGCAGAGGCAGCGCGCGAGGUCCACGCUCGGAGAAGGAGGAGGCAAGAUCUCAUCCGGAGCGAGCUACUAGUCGAGCGCAUCCGCGUCAGCUGCGAGGAGAGAGAGAAGAACGGAGUUAGACGCUAGCAGAGAGAGAGCGAGAAGAAAGAGGGAGCGAUCUCUCGCUACUGCAUCUAGAGGUGGAGACUCUAUCUCUCUAUCUCUCUAGUUUCACUCUGAUAUGCUCGUUCUCUCUCUCUAUCCUACCUCUCUCCUCUAUCUCUCUCUCUCUCUCCUCUCUCUCUCCUCUCUCUAUCCUCUCUCUCUCUCUCUCUCUCGGUCUCUAUGUCUAUCUCUCUCUCUCUCUCUCUCUCUCUCUCUCUCUCCAUAGCUCCGGAGGAGUUUGUGUCUCUGGCUGAGAUGGAGGAUGCCUUGUUGAGGAACCUGUUUAGAGGGUAUCAGAAAUGGGUCCGACCCGUUAUGCACGCUAACGACACCAUCACAGUACGCUUCGGACUCAAGAUCUCACAGCUGGUGGAUGUGGUGAGAACACACACACACACACGCCUUACACUCCCCUGUGAGAGAGGAGAGGAUGACAGCCAGGGUAGAAGACAUUGGAGGGAAUGGUCCUGAUCUGUCCUACUGUGUUACCAUGGUCCUGAUCUGUCCUACUGUGUUACCAUGGUCCUGAUCUGUCCUACUGUGUUACCAUGGUCCUGAUCUGUCCUACUGUCUUACCAUGGUCCUGAUCUGUCCUACUGUCUUACCAUGGUCCUGAUCUGUCCUACUGUGUUACCAUGGUCCUGAUCUGUCCUACUGUGUUACCAUGGUCCUGAUCUGUCCUACUGUCUUACCAUGGUCCUGAUCUGUUCUACUGUCUUACCAUGGUCCUGAUCUGUCCUACUGUCUUACCGUGGUCCUGAUCUGUCCUACUGUCUUACCGUGGUCCUGAUCUGUCCUACUGUGUUACCAUGGUCCUGAUCUGUCCUACUGUCUUACCAUGGUCCUGAUCUGUCCUACUGUGUUACCGUGGUCCUGAUCUGUCCUACUGUGUUACCGUGGUCCUGAUCUGUCCUACUGUCUUACCAUGGUCCUGAUCUGUCCUACUGUCUUACCGUGGUCCUGAUCUGUCCAACUGUCUUACCAUGGUCCUGAUCUGUCCAACUGUCUUACCGUGGUCCUGAUCUGUCCUACUGUCUUACCGUGGUCCUGAUCUGUUCUACUGUGUUACCAUGGUCCUGAUCUGUCCUACUGUGUUACCAUGGUCCUGAUCUGUCCUACUGUCUUACCGUGGUCCUGAUCUGUCCUACUGUGUUACCAUGGUCCUGAUCUGUCCUACUGUGUUACCAUGGUCCUGAUCUGUCCAACUGUGUUACCAUGGUCCUGAUCUGUCCUACUGUCUUACCAUGGUCCUGAUCUGUCCUACUGUCUUACCAUGGUCCUGAUCUGUCCAACUGUGUUACCAUGGUCCUGAUCUGUCCUGCUGUGUUACCAUGGUCCUGAUCUGUCCUACUGUCUUACCAUGGUCUUGAUCUGUCCUACUGUGUUACCAUGGUCCUGAUCUGUCCCUACUGUGUUACCAUGGUCCUGAUCUGUCCUACUGUCUUACCAUGGUCCUGAUCUGUCCUACUGUCUUACCAUGGUCCUGAUCUGUCCUACUGUGUUACCAUGGUCCUGAUCUGUCCUACUGUCUUACCAUGGUCCUGAUCUGUCCUACUGUGUUACCAUGGUCCUGAUCUGUCCUACUGUUUUACCAUGGUCCUGAUCUGUCCUACUGUCUUACCAUGGUCCUGAUCUGUCCUACUGUGUUACCAUGGUCCUGAUCUGUCAUACUGUGUUACCAUGGUCCUGAUCUGUCCUACUGUCUUACCAUGGUCCUGAUCUGUCCUACUGUCUUACCAUGGUCCUGAUCUGUCCUACUGUGUUACCAUGGUCCUGAUCUGUCCUACUGUCUUACCAUGGUCCUGAACUGUCCUACUGUCUUACCAUGGUGCUGAUCUGUCCUACUGUCUUACCAUGGUCCUGAUCUGUCCUACUGUGUUACCAUGGUCCUGAUCUGUCCUACUGUGUUACCAUGGUCCUGAUCUGUCCUACUGUCUUACCAUGGUCCUGAUCUGUCCUACUGUCUUACCAUGGUCCUGAUCUGUCCUACUGUCUUACCAUGGUCCUGAACUGUCCUACUGUCUUACCAUGGUCCUGAACUGUCCUACUGUGUUACGGUACAUUUUAGCACCAUGUACAUCUCUCCACUACCUCUCCUUUUCCCCUGUCCCUCUGCCUGGUGGAGUUGAUUACUGGAGUUCUUUUGAGAAGAGGGGAUGACAGGAGGAGGACAGCAAGAGAGGGAAAAUGAGGGAAAUGGGGAAUUGAGAGAAAGGUGGUUAAUUUGACAGCAAGGGAAGAUACAGGGAGGAGAGAAAGGAAAAGAGUGGAGCGAGGGUUAUACUAAAAGGAUGGAGUUAAGGAUAGGAGAAAAUAUGGUUAUUCUGAGAGGAAGGAGUGAGGAAAGGGGGGAGAGGAGAAGAGAGAGGAGGUAGAAGAGGUUUUAAAGUUUCCUCUCUCUCACCCUCUUGCUCUCUCUCUCUCGCUCUCACCCUCUUGCUCUCUCUCUCUCUCUCGCUCUCUCUCUCUCUCUCUCUCUCUCUCUGUUUCUAAUGGGACCAUCAGGCCGAGAGGAGCUAGAUAGCAUCAAUUAUUUACACUGACCUCCACGUAAACACACACACACAAAUGCAAGCACGCGCGACCACUCUCAUUCUCAUUCUCUUCUCUCUUCAUCUCUCUCUCUCUCUCUCUCUCUCCUCUCUCUCUCUCUCUCUCUCUCUCUCUCUCUCUCUCUCUCUCUCUCUCUAAAUGUUUCUCUCUUCCUGUCUCUAUCUUUGCUCUCUCUCACACAGACGACUGUCUGAACCACAUGUGUUCCUAGUCCUUGUGUGGAAGGCAGUCACUCCUCUCUCACAUUCCUGUAUUGAUUACAUACUGCCACCUUUUGGUCAUUUAACCAAAAUGCACCAAUCUGCCUAAAACCCACCGUUGACCAUUGAUGAUUCAGUCAUUCUGCCCCACUGCCUUUCUGGGACACAGAGAAACCAUGUGUGCCAUGGAUUUUCACUCCAGUCUAAUUUGACUGACAUCCUUCUAAACUUCUUCAACUUCUACCCACACAUUCUGUCUUUCAUCAAAAACGUUGCUUUUAUUAAUGCAUUCGUUGUUCAUAAUACAUACUUCUUCUCCCCUCUUCUUGUUCUGACAGGAUGAGAAGAAUCAGCUAAUGACUACUAAUGUCUGGCUAUGGCAGGUAAGGACCAAUCAGCUCCUGACUUCUAAUGUCUGGCUAUGGCAGGUAAGGACCAAUCAGCUAAUGACUACUAAUGUCUGGCUAUGUCAGGAAGGACCAAUCAGCUAAUGACUACUAAUGUCUGGCUAUGGCAGGUAAGGACCAAUCAACUCCUGACUACUAAUGUCUGGCUAUGGCAGGUAAGGACCAAUCAGCUAAUGUCUGGCUAUGGCAGGUAAGGACCAAUCAGCUAAUGAAUACUAAUGUCUGGCUAUGGCAGGUAAGGACCAAUCAGCUAAAGACAGCUAAUGUCUGGCUAUGGCAGGUAAGGACCAAUCAGCUAAUGAAUACUAAUGUCUGGCUAUGGCAGGUAAGGACCAAUCAGCUAAUGUCUGGCUAUGGCAGGUAAGGACCAAUCAGCUAAUGAAUACUAAUGUCUGGCUAUGGCAGGUAAGGACCAAUCAGCUAAAGACAGCUAAUGUCUGGCUAUGGCAGGUAAGGACCAAUCAGCUAAAGACAGCUAAUGUCUGGCUAUGGCAGGUAAGGACCAAUCAGCUAAUGAAUACUAAUGUCUGGCUAUGGCAGGUAAGGACCAAUCAGCUAAAGACAGCUAAUGUCUGGCUAUGGCAGGUAAGGACCAAUCAGCUAAAGACAGCUAAUGUCUGGCUAUGGCAGGUAAGGACCAAUCAGCUAAUGAUAGCUCUACACAGGGCAAUGCCCUGGGGCAUUGGGAUAUUUUAUUAGACCAGAGGAAAUAGUGCCUCCUACUGGUCCUCCAACACCACUACCAGCAGCAUCUGCUCUCCCAUCCAGGGACCAACCCUGCUUAGCUUCAGAGGCCAGCCAGCAGUGGGAUGCAGCUGGCUAAGCUACUGUAAGCUACUGUACUCAACAAUGUCUUCAUAGAGCUUCACUUGUCUCUAGAAGACUUCAAUGUCUUCAUAGAGCUUCACUUGUCUCUAUAAGACUUCAUUGUGGUAUUGUAUUGAUGUAGCAGUUUUAUACCUCAGCAGUUCACGCCUGUAUUGGUAUUAUUGUAUGUUGUUAAUAUCAAUAGUAUAUCUAUGUCUAACCCAUGGUGCUGUAACAUUGUAGGACUGGGUAGAUGUAACAUUGUUAUUUUUAUGUUAUAAUUAGUGUUGUAUUGUAAUGUUAUGUAGGAGUGGGUAGAUGUAACAUUGUUAUUUUGUAUGUUAUAAUAGUGUUAUAUUGUAUGUAAUAAUGUUAUGUUAUAAUGUUAUGGUAUAAUAUUAAGGGUUAAUGUUAUGUUAUAAUGUUAAGGGUUAAUGUUAUGUUAUAGUGUAUGUUAUAAUGUUAUGUUAUAAAGUUAAGGGUUAAUGUUAUGUAAAGUGUAUGUUAUAAUGUUAUGUUAUAAUGUUAUGGAUUCAUGUUAUGUAAUAUUGUAUGUUAUAAUGUAAUAUUCUAUGUUAUGUAGGAGUGGGUAGAUGUGAAGCUCCAGUGGAACCCAGAUGAGUAUGGAGGAAUCACAUCUAUCAGAGUUCCCUCUGAAACAAUAUGGCUGCCGGACAUCGUCCUCUAUGAGAAGUGAGUGCACACUGCUUCCUGCUUCCUGCUUCCUGCUUCCUGCUUCCCGCUCCCUAUGGGCUCAGCUCUGUGUUUUCAGACUUUCUUUGAUACUUUACUUUCCCUGAAAAAUCUAUGAAUGCUUUUUUAGAACCAGUUUUACCGUUUAGAUGCCCGUAAGACAUCUCUUCACUCUAAUGUAUAACAUAGUGUAUAACAGGGUACUUCUGACGACUUGUCUUUGUCCUCACUACAUUUGUGUUAGCAGGGUUAGCACGGAGGUCUAUUGUAAUCUCCUGCUAGUAUCGUUUGAAGAAAACCAGCACUAACACACAGCAUCCUGCAAAGUUCAGUUUGUUCGUUGCAAUAGGCACACGGUCGUUUGCUGUGUGCUUCUAAUAAACACAACUCACCGACUCAGUUCCCCACCCCACCCUAUCCCUCCCAUCCCUCCCUCUCUCCUCACCCCUCUCAGUGCUGACGGGCGUUUCGAGGGCUCUCUGAUGACCAAAGCCAUCGUGAGGUCAGACGGGACAAUCAGGUGGACCCCUCCGGCCAGCUACAAGUCUUCAUGCACCAUGGACGUCACCUUCUUUCCCUUCGACAGGUGGGACUGACCUCUGGACACACACACGAACGCACACACACACACAACAUACACACAUGAACACACACAUGAGUGCACCCACACACGCACGCAUAGACACACACACAGGGAGACACAUAUACACACACACACACACACAUUAAUCAACCAAUCAAUCCAUCAGUCCUACCUGUCGGACGGGAAGAAGGUGACAUCCAUGAUUAUCUCUGUUUUUCACUUUAUCAAUGUCAUUUAUAUUAUUGUUUUCUCCUUUAUCACUCACUCUCCCCUUCCCCUUGGUUGGCUGGUUGGUUGGUUGGUUGGCUGGUUGGUUGGUUGAUUGGUUGGUUAUUGGUUGAUUGGUUGAUUGGUUGAUUGGUUGAUUGGUUGAUUGGUUGAUUUGUUGGUUGACUGGUUGGUUGAUUGAUUGGUUGAUUGGUUGAUUGGUUGAUUGAUUGAUUGAUUGAUGGAUUGAUUGAUUGGUUGGUUGAUAUGUUGGUUAUUGGUUGAUUGGUUGAUUGGUUGGUUUGUUGGUUGACUGGUUGAUUGGUUGGUUGAUUGAUUGGUUGGUGAUUGGUUGAUUGAUUGAUUGAUUGAUUGAUUGAUUGAUUGGUUGGUUGGUUGGUUGGUUGGUUGAUUGAUUGAUUGGUUGAUUGAUUGGUUGAUUGAUAGGUUGGUUGGUUGGUUUAUUGAUUGGUUGGUUGGUUGAUUGGUUGGUUGAUUGAGAUGUGACUGGUGUAGAUUUGCCUCUGCGGUCAGCUGUUAAAAAAACUACCUUUAAAAAUGUUUUUAACUUUACAAUAUAAAUACUUUAAUAUAAAAGUCCAUUUAACAACACAGACAGAACUGCAGACAAUACAGACAGAAUGUUUUCCCCUUCCCCAACACAGACAGAACUGCUCCAUGAAGUUUGGCUCGUGGACCUACGACGGCAACAUGGUCGACCUUGUCCUGGUCGACCACUACGUCGACCGCAAGGACUUCUUCGACAACGGUGUGUAGGAAAAAUACUCUUGAAGUAAGAUGUCUUGCUACUCCAAAAGCUCCAAAAGUCAAGCAACAAGUUCAUUGUUCUAACUACAAUAAUAUCUCACGGUAUUAUAGAGGUAUAGAGGGAAACGUACGGCAGUUUAGUAACCAGUUAAUAAAUGUCGGUUAGAGACACCAUUUAUACAAGAAACAUGAGGGUGAUGGUAACUAACCCGCUUUGUCUGUCUCUUCCCAUCACAGUUAAUCAAGACGUUAAUCAGUAUGAGAAUGCCCUGUCUCUCUAUCUCCAAUGUGAACGUGGUCCAGUCACCCAUUAUCCAAUAACAUUAAAGAUAACAUACAAUCACUGAUCGAGUUCCCUUACAGGUGAAUGGGAGAUCCUCAACGCCACGGGCGCCAAGGGCAGCCGGCGGGACGGUAUCUACUGGUACCCCUUCGUUACCUACUCCUUCAUCCUCAAGAGGCUUCCUUUGUUCUACACACUCUUCCUCAUCAUCCCCUGUCUCGGUCUGUCCUUCCUGACCGUGUUGGUGUUCUAUCUCCCGUCCGAUGAAGGAGAGAAGCUGUCUCUGUCCACGUCGGUCCUGGUGUCUCUCACGGUGUUCCUCCUCGUCAUAGAAGAGAUUAUACCCUCGUCCUCCAAGGUCAGUGGGGUUCGCUGGGUGUGUGUCUGUGUGUCUGUGGAACGCUCCUCUCAGUCCUUUCAGAGCUUUUUCAAACUACAGAGCCAAACCGAGCUGUACUGGGCUUUCCAUGGAUGUUGGAACCGUGCUGGAAAUGACAACGUGACAACAGGAAGGCAUCCCAGUAUGGUUUGGGUUGGCUCUAUAGUGUGAGUUAUUGGUGUACUCUUGAGAGAUGUGAUAUAAGUAACAUGUUGUUUAUGUAUUCAUCACCAAGGUGAUACCUCUGAUUGGAGAAUACCUCCUCUUCAUCAUGAUCUUCGUCACCUUCUCCAUCAUCGUCACCGUGUUUGUCAUCAACGUCCACCACCGCUCCUCAGCCACCUACCACCCCAUGGCCCCCUGGGUAAAAAGCCUCUUCCUCCAGAGGCUACCCAGACUGCUCUGCAUGAGGGGACACACUGACAGGUAAACACACCUACACACACACCUUCUCUUUUCCAGUUGAUUACCAAUGAUUGAUUUCAUUGAUGUUUUAUGAUUCAAUUCAAUAACAAAUUAAUAAAAUAUGAUUUUAGAAGAUAAGAUGAAAAUAUAUUGAGGGAAUAUAACAACUGUAGAUCAACCCUGAUGUAAAUAAAUAGAUCAUAAUAAUUAGAUAUGGUUGAUAUAUCAUAUGAUUCUCUUUCAUUUGAUGGAAAGAAAGAAAGAAAGAGAGAAAGAAAGAAAGAAAGACAGAAAGACAGACAGAGAGAAAGACAGACAGACAGACAGACAGACAGACAGACAGACAGACAGACAGACAGACAGACAGACAGACAGACAGACAGACAGACAGACAGACAGACAGACAGACAGACAGACAGACAGACAGAGAGUAAGAGAAAGAAGCUACUACGUGCUUUAUUCCUGAAUAAUCAACAUUGCGAUUGUAGUAAUUAUUUGUACCUGGUGUAAUUACUAGGUACCACUACCCAGACAUUGAACUGCGUAGCCCGGAGCUGAAGCCUCGUGGAGGUCCAGGGAGGAGGGGGGCCUCGGGCCAGGGCCAAGCCCAGCAGAGAGGCCCUGUCGGGGGAAAGGAGGAUGAGAACCAUGCCUGGUUGGCCAUGCUGGAGAAAGCCACCAACUCAGUACGGUACAUCAGCCGUCACAUCAAGAAGGAACACUUUAUCAGAGAGGUAGGUGUGUGUGUGUGUGUGGUGUGUGUGUGUGUGUGUGUGUGUGUGUGUGUGUGCGUGUGCGUGUGUGCGUGUGUGUGUGUUUCUGUCUCUAUAUCUUUUAGUUUUCAGAUGGGUAAAAAAUCUACUCUCUCUCUCUCUCUCUCUCUCUCUCUCUCUCUCUCUCUCUCUCUCUCUCUCUAUCUCUCUCUCUCUCUCUCUCUCUUCUCUCUCUCUCUCUCUCUCUCUCUCUCUCUCUCUCUCUCUCUCUCUCUCUCUCUCUCUCUGUCUCUCUCUGUCUCUCUCCCUCCCUCCCUCCCUCCCUCCCUCCCUCCCUCCCUCCCUCCAGGUGGUGCAGGACUGGAAGUUUGUGGCUCAGGUGUUGGACAGGAUCUUAUUGUGGGUGUUCCUCACUGUCUCCAUACUGGGUACCAUCCUCAUCUUCACUCCAGCCAUCACUUUGUACCUCACCACCCCACCCUUCAAUACAUAGACCCUAGCCCCUACACCGUAACCCCUAUACCCGACACCCUAGAACACAUAGUAACUAGACCCUAACCCCUAACCCCUAAACCAGGGCUGUUCAAUGUCGGUCCUGGAGGGACGAAACACUUUGGUUUUCAUCCUGUCCUUCUAAUACGGGACUGAUUCAGACCUGGGACACCAGGUGACUGCAAUUAACUACCAGGUAGAAAGACAAAACAGAAGGGUUUCUGCCCUCCAGGACUGGAAUGGAACUCUACUCCCUAACCGGUACACCCUAACCCCUACACCCUACCACCCUAACCCCUACACCCUACCACCCUAACCCCUACACCCUACCACCCUAACCCCUACACCCUACAUCCUAACCCCUACACCCUACUUCCUAACCCCUACACCCUACAUCCUAGCCCUACACCCUACACCCUACCACCCUAAGCCCUACACCCUACACCCUAACCCCUACACCCUACAUCCUAGCCCCUACACCCUACCAUCAUAACCCCUACACCCUGCCACCCUACCAUCCUAACCCCUACACCCUACGUCCUAACCCCUACACCCUACGUCCUAACCCCUACACCCUACAUCCUAACCCCUACACCCUACGUCCUAACCCCUACACCCUACCAUCCUAACCCCUACACCCUACCAUCCUAACCCCUACACCCUACAUCCUAACCCCUACACACUUCAUCCUAACCCCUACACCCUACCAUCCUAGCCCCUACACCCUACCACCCUAACCCCUACACCCUACCACCCUAACCCCUACACCCUACAUCCUAACCCCUACACCCUACGUCCUAACCCCUACACCCUACAUCCUAACCCCUACACCCUACAUCCUAACCCCUACACCCUACAUCCUAACCCCUACACCCUACACCCUAACCCCAACACCCUACACCCUAACCCCUACACCCUACGCCCUAACCCCUACACCCUACACCCUAACCCCAACACCCUACACCCUAACCCCAACACCCUACACCCUAACCCCUACACCCUAUUCCUAACCCCUACACCCUACAUCCUAACCCCUACACCCUACGUCCUAACCCCUAACCCCUACACCCUACAUCCUAACCCCUACACCCUACUUCCUAACCCCUACACCCUACAUCCUAGUCCUACACCCUACCAUCCUAACCCCUACACCCUACCAUCCUCAUCUCUUCAGAUGUACCUUUGUGCCAGACAUUGAAGAUCCUGAACAAGUCCCCGACCACUGCUCUCAACCCCCGCUGAGUAUCCCCCCCCCCCACACCCACCAAGACCUAAAAACCAUAUGCAACAGAGUUGGAAUCGCUACCCUUUCUAUAGUGUGAUUGGCUAAGACGCUGGGGGUCAAGAGGGGGGGGUCAUGUGUGUAUAUGAGGUACAUGAUCCCUGGUUGGUUGGAGCCCAGCGCCCAGGGAAGGAAGCUAUACUGUGACGCUUGUUACACAACUCCAAGCUUAACCCCAACUCUAGCCCCAGCCACCACCCCCAACCCCUAACCCCUAACCCCUGACCCUAAAGGUCACCCUCCAAAUGUUCCAUUAGAAGAAUCAACAUCUAUCGCGACCUCUUCACCCUUGAAGCCGUAACCCCUAUACUUGCAAGUGGAAUUCAACAUCCUUGUCCUAAAUUACACCAUGUAAUAUAAUUGCACCUGCUGUACAUAAUCACUGAUAGCCUGGGUACCAGUCUGUUUGUGCUAACAUUCCACUUCUUGUCACGCCAUGUUUGGCACAUGACACAGAGUACAAGGAGUGGAAUGUUAACACGAAACAGAUCUGGGUUUCAGGCUACAUUACUAAAGGACUUCACCUCCAAACUGUAUAACACAUAGUCACUUGUUUACGUAACUAUAUACAACGUAGCCUGAGUGCCAGUCUGUUUGUGCCAUCACGCCAAAUCCUCAUCACUCAACGUCAUGCCAAUUGGCUAGCCUGGUCCUAGAUCUGUUUGUGCCAUGAUUCCGACUCAAGGAGUGGCAAGAUAGCACAAACAGACUGGUACCCAGGCUACCAAUUGGCUUGCAGUGAAAGUAAUGGAGUUGGCAAGAGCACAAACAGAUCUGGAACCAGGCUAACUAUAACGUGCAUCUGUUGUUCAAACCCUUGGAUUCAAGCCAAACACUGUGACGAACAUGUACAUAGGACUAUAAGCAAUAACCAAGCCACCGAUAUCUUAUAGCAUAUCUCUAUAUUAUUAUUUGUAUACAUUUAUGUCGGUUCACAUUAGAAAUGUACAAAGUCACCUGCCUGCUAAACGUUGUUACUCUUUCCUGUCGUCAGUCAGCACAUAUCAACGACACAUUCUGGAUUCUUCUUAUGCACAAUGUUGCAUACACACACACACACACACACACACACACACACACAGACACACACACACACACACACACACACACACACACACACACACACACACACACAC